AUGGGCGGGUCGCGCGAUUUGACGUGAGAAGGUAGCGGGUGCACAACAUGGCGGAGGACUGAGAGAGUGCUAGCACGGAAAGAAGGAAAGAGAGGGGUAGGUUGUGGGUAGUUUCAAUGGGAAGGGGCCGAAUAUGGAGAGCGGGGGCUGGGAGAGAUAAUCAGUAACCAGGAGAGGGUAUAGAGGGGCGCCUGGGGUGUGGGAGCAUGUCUGGCGGAAAUAGGAUGGAGGACAGGGAUAGACAGACAGGUAAGCGGCGUCAGAGAGCGGUGGGUAGAAUACUGGGGUGUGGGGGGAAGGAAUGGGGCUUGUUAUAUACAGAGGGGAAUGGGGCUUGUUAUAUACAGAGCUGGGGGGAGGAAUGGGGCUUGUUAUAUACAGAGCUGGGGAGGGAAUGGGGCUUGUUAUAUAUAUACAGAGCUGGGGAAGGGAAUGGGGCUUGUUAUAUACAGAGCUGGGGAAGGAAUGGGGCUUGUUAUAUACAGAGCUGGGGAGGGAAUGGGGCUUGUUAUAUACAGAGCUGGGGAGGGAAUGGGCUUGUUAUAUACAGAGCUGGGGAAUGGGGCUUGUUAUAUACAGAGCUGGGAGGAAUGGGGGCUUGUUAUAUACAGAGCUGGGGAGGAAUGGGGCUUGUUAUAUACAGAGCUGGGGGGAGGGGGGGGGCUUGUUUGUGUUCCUCUGUCCCCACUUGUCAGCCCAGCUGUCAUGAUCCACAUUUUCCAAGGAGAGGAUUUUGUUUUUGUAGAUGUAGGUCCUUCAUUCUGCUUGUUUGUGUCCUGUUUCUCUAAUGUCCUGUUUGAAUCUGGGUAUGUGUUGAGAGGUCCUUGCAUUUGACUUUAGUCGCUGUUUCGUGAUGAUAAUUCUUUGAAAUGUAGGCCAUGCAGUCAUUGUUUUUAGUUUUUAAAGGUUUUUUGUUUGUAUGCAUUGUUUCUUGGUGAAAAAGAAGAAAGAAACUGAAAAUAGUUUUUGUUGUGUUGCAAACUUAUUUUCAUGCUAUGUUCUAGCUUGACACCUUGUACUUCAUAAUAAGUGAAAUGCCAGGGUAGUCCAAAUACACAAGGCUUUAUCAAGUGGUUUUUUUAUUUUUAUAUAGGGUAUGUAGAUAUCCGCUCUCAGCAUGUCAGUUUCUGUUUCUCGUGCCUGCGACUCACUCUGCCUUUCAAACGUUUAAUGACACUAGUGUCCUUAAUGGACCAACUUUUUGCUUUUUUUUCUGUUGACAUAAUUUGUGAGUUGAAAUUUGAACUGCAAAAGUGAGGCUGAGAUUAUAGAUGAGUUGGAGUUUUUUUUAUUUUAUCCAGAUUAGAUAUUAUUGACUACAUUUUGCCAUUGUUUUUAUUAAUUUCUAUAUUUCCGUGAUUAGUGUAUGGCAAUACUUUUAUUUUCAUAACAUAGAACUUAACUGCGUUUUAGUCUUAUUGUUUCUGGAUUGGUGUCUCAUUAUGUUGAUUUUGUUUAUCAUUUAUGCACUUACCAGUGAACAAUCAGCUAUUUCCAAUAUACUUUCUUUGAAUACAAUUAUCAUUCUGAUAAUUUUUGUGAUUAUAUCCUGUUUCUUGUCAAGGUGAGUGAGAACUUGUUUUCAGUGAUGUGAAGAUGACUCAAGGUAAGAAGAAGAAGAGGGUCAAUCGUAGCGUUUUACUGGCUAAGAAAAUUAUAAUCAAAGAUGGUGGCUCGGUGAGUGUAUGCUAAAACUGUAUACAAUGACCUAUGUCAAGCACUUUUUCCAGAGGGAGGAAUUUUUAAAUCUUAUUUUUUACUAUUUUAACUGAAGGAGGCAGGAGAGACCGCAAGGUGGGUGGGAGGGGAGAACUAUCGUCCCCUUAUAGGCACUCUGCCUACAAGGUGAAAAUAUUUCAUUCCUGUCUGCAUCAUGCAAUGCGCUUAUGUCAGUCCUUUUUUUUUUUUUUUUUUUUAAUGCAUAGAAUUGACAUUGGGCAACAUUGUGCUGUGGGUGCAGCUUCUCCCCUGCACACAAAUGCAGAUAAUUCAGUCUUUUGAAUAGAAACUCCUAUCACUGUGUCCACUUCAAAUCACUGAAGUGGUAAUAGUGGUUGGAGUAACUGCCUUCUUUAAUCACAUACAGGACAUUUCAUGCAAGUUAUUUCAAUGAACACUGUACAGGGAACCUAGUUUAUUUCUGUUGGUUGCAUAUUAAACAAGUCACUUCCUUUGUUUAGCAUUGGGUGACUAUCAAUGAUCUGAGCAGUCUAUAUGCCUCAGUGUGUAUUUUGGCAGCUCCCAUGCAGAAAAUAUAUAUGGUUUGGGUGCCAGGUGUUAUAUAUGCACAGAUCCAUAAAAAAAACAAAACUUGUGUAUAAUAUUAUGGAGAAUAUAUUUGAAGAUUUUUAUACUUUCCUUAGCAAACAAUUAUCCUCUGUUUAUUGACAGAAUAGUUGUAAAGGGACAACAUAGCCAUCACAACCGCUAUAGCAUCUUCUCAAGCAGUUUGACAAAUAAUAACCUCUACCCAAUCAUGUUUAAUUCUGACUGAGAGUGCUGCCUUUUGUCAAACUACUCCCAAACAAUGUGACAAAACUUGGGAGAUGGUGUGUUGAGAUUGGUGCAUUAAGUAAAAAUGUGUACCCUAAUAAAAUGCACCUUCUUUUGUGUCAUUAAAUACAAGCCUUUUGUAGUAUGUGUGCAACUGCACUCACUCCUAUCAAUCCGAGCCAGGGUGCUUGCUGUAUUAGGGUUAAACACCAAAUUCCCAAUAUAUUAGAGUAAAAUGAGGGGGAAUGGGGCUUGUUAUAUACAUAGGGGAAUGGGGCUUGUUAUAUACAGAGGGGAAUGGGGCUUAUUAUAUACAGGGGGAUAUACAGGGGGGGAAUGGGGCUUGUUAUAUACAGAGGGGGAAUGGGGCUUGUUAUACAGAGGGGAAUGGGGCUUGUUAUAUACAGAGCUGGAGCUGGGGAGAAUGGGGCUUAUAUACAGAGCUGGGGGAGGGAAUGGGGCUUGUUAUACUAUAUGGGGAGCAGGGGAAUGGGGGCUUGUUAUAUACAGAGCUGGGGGGAAUGGGGCUUGUUAUAUACAGAGCUGGGGGAGGAAUGGGGCUUUAUAUAUACAGAGCUGGGAGGGAGGAUGGGGACUUGUUAUAUACAGAGCUGGGGGAGGAAUGGGGCUUGUUAUAUACAGAGCUGGGGAAGGGAAUGGGGCUAUUAAACAAGUCACUUCCUUUGUUUAGCAUUGGGUGACUAUCAAUGAUCUGAGCAGUCUAUAUGCCUCAGUGUGUAUUUUGGCAGCUCCCAUGCAGAAAAUAUAUAUGGUUUGGGUGCCAGGUGUUAUAUAUGCACAGAUCCAUAAAAAAAACAAAACUUGUGUAUAAUAUUAUGGAGAAUAUAUUUGAAGAUUUUUAUACUUUCCUUAGCAAACAAUUAUCCUCUGUUUAUUGACAGAAUAGUUGUAAAGGGACAACAUAGCCAUCACAACCGCUAUAGCAUCUUCUCAAGCAGUUUGACAAAUAAUAACCUCUACCCAAUCAUGUUUAAUUCUGACUGAGAGUGCUGCCUUUUGUCAAACUACUCCCAAACAAUGUGACAAAACUUGGGAGAUGGUGUGUUGAGAUUGGUGCAUUAAGUAAAAAUGUGUACCCUAAUAAAAUGCACCUUCUUUUGUGUCAUUAAAUACAAGCCUUUUGUAGUAUGUGUGCAACUGCACUCACUCCUAUCAAUCCGAGCCAGGGUGCUUGCUGUAUUAGGGUUAAACACCAAAUUCCCAAUAUAUUAGAGUAAAAUGAAAGAGGUCCAGGCACUCCUUGGUUCAAGACAGGCACUUUUAUUGCAAGCUUGAUAAAGACCCUUGGGUCGAAACGUUGCUGCUGUGGUUGCAAUAAAAGUGCCUGUCUUGAACCAAGGAGUGCCUGGACCUCUUUCAUUUUACAUUAAAUACAAGCCUUAAUAUUUGCUGUUAUUUUUCUUUUGUCUACAGCCUCAGGGGUUUGGCUCUCCAAGUGUUUACCAUGCUGUCAUCGUGAUCUUCCUUGAGUUUUUUGCUUGGGGUUUGCUGACUGCGCCAACCCUGGUGGUAAGUCAGUUGGAUUGAUGGAAUGAUUGAUUUAUGCUAACACACAAUUAUUUUUGUUUACAUAUUGUAUCCCAGUUAUUAGUUGCCUACGUUGCUAAGAGCCCUUAUGUCAUGUUUCUGUUUUAUUCUUAAAAUUGAUUUACAGAGGUAGAUUAAGAAUAUGGUGUUUUAUUCCCACUGUGUUUUAUGAGAUCUCAAAAUAAUGCCUACCUGCUUUCUUUCUGCCGCAGUUAAUAAUCUUUGUAUUAUUGGAGGUGUGCUUUGUACAUGUUUGUGUUUAAAUUCUUUUAUAAAUUGCAUUAGGAUUUUAGCAAUGACUGUUCUCAUCAGUUUGGUUUAGGACUUUUGGUAAUAUAGAAUUUAUAGUUGAAAGUGAAUACAUUUGUAGAAUAUGAUUUCUUCCUUGAAACUAACCCAAUGGAAAUGUGAGAAUUUCCUUUUUUGUGUGUUCACUUUAAAUCUGCAUACACCAUGUUUGUCAUGCCAUGCACUCACAGAAGUUACACAUUUCAGUAUGUUUAAGUGCUUCAUCAGAUGUUAACUUGAAUACCACACCAUUGGGCAUGCAUGCCUCUCUAACAUGUCCUCUGUGCCAGCGACUGCACUCGUUACUUGUGCAUGUGUUGACCAGGUCUGCUCUCUUUCAUCCAGUCAUCAAUGCAUUAAAAUGUAGCACCAACUGCACAAAUCAGUCUGCUUUUGUUAUGGUCUUUUUUUUUUUUAAACCAUUGUUCACCUUUCGCAUAUCUAUUCUGUGAGGGUGCAGGAUCUUUCAUUUGUAGUCUAAAGCUAAAUACGUGGAUUCUUGAGCCCUUUAAUGUAGCUUUCUUGGUUGUUUUUGUUUCCAAUGUUAAAAAGUGUUUCUAAUAAAAGUUCAAUGUUGUUCUGGCUAAUAGGCUUCCCUUCAAUAUAUUGGCACGGCUCAGAGCCAAAACCCGGCUUGCAAACCAGUUCACUCUGCUUGCUUUAUUGUUUUCCUAUAUGCCAUUUGUUUGUGUCACCUUGUUUACUUAACGAGCCUUUCGUGUCCGGAAAUAAAAGUUGUGGUUCCAGGAGUUCUGGAGCAGCUUUUCAGAACAACCAAAACCCUGGACAGGGAAAGUGUGGAUAGUUUGUUGGAGUGCUAGCAGAUUUUGACAAACACUUGUUUUUUUUUUUUUGUUGUUGUUUUUUUUUGUAAUUUGGAUAUUAUGGAAAUUCAGGGUUACAUUUAGCAAUUUACACCAAAGUAUACUUGUGAUAUGGAAAAUUAAAUGUCUAGUUGUUUUAUAGACAACAAAAGUGAAUUAUAUAUAAAAAAAAAAUUAUAGGAGUCUGAUGUUUACCAAAUGCAGGAAGAAUGCAGAUUUUGCUUCAUGUUUUCAGUAGGGGUCACACAAAAUAAAUUCAGUCUUAUUUCUGUUUUCUGCAAUGUAUGGCUACCUGUGCAAGGAGGCACCUGGCAAAUCAUUGUUAACCCCUUAAGGACCGAGGACGGUUCAGGACCGUCAUCGGCAUUUUUGCCUUGAGGACCGAUGACGGUCCUGAACCGUCCAAACGGUCUGGGGGUACUUACCUGAUCGCCGUCGUUCCCCCGGCGGCGAUCAGUGUUCCUCCGGUUGUGGGGAGACUGCCUGCAGCACAGACAGUCUCCCCACGGCAGAUUAGGACCCCUGUGGCCAUGUGAUCGCUUAACACAGCGAUCACAUGGUCACAAUAGGUGUCCAUGUGUCUGCCUGCAGGGGGACUGCCUGUACUGACAGGCAGUCUCCCUGCAACUGUAAAAUCAAAAAAUAAAUUAAAGUUAAUGGUAAUAAAAAAAAUAAUAAUAAUUAUAUAUGUAUAAAUAUGAUAUAUAGACAUAUAUUAUAUCUAUAUAAUAUGUCUAUAUAUCAUAUAUAUAAUGCCAUACUAAGUGUAUUUUUAUAUUAAUAUGUACUUAUAUUAAUAUAAAAAUACACUUAUAAUUAAAUUACACACGUGUAUAUAUAUAAUAUAUAUAAUAACUAUAUAUAUUGUAUAUAUAUAUAUUAUUAUAAAAUAUAAAUAAUAAGUAAUUAAAAUUAAUUAAAAAUUUUUUAAAAUAAUAAUAAAAAAAUGUAAAAAAAUUAUAUAGCUAUAUGAAAUUUUAUUCUAACUGUAUUUUAAAAUUAAUAUAUAUAUAUUUAUAUCAAAAUACACUUAAAAUGAAUUUGUAUAUAUAUCUAUGUAUAUAAAAAUAAAUAAAAAUAAUAAGAAAUAUACAUACGCCCAUAUACAAAAUUACAUAAAUAAUUAUAUAAAUAUACACGUAGACUUCAAAUAUAUAAAUAUGCAUAUAUAUUUAAAUUCUACGUGCGUAUUUAUGUAAUAUUUUACAUAAUUCAGUAAUUUUAUUGAUUGCAAUUUGAGGGACCUGCCUGCCAACCCAGGCCGAAAUUCCAGAGAAUUUAAUUUGCUAGCACUGUAUUUUACCCUGUAAUGUUCUACGACACCCUAAAACCUGUACAUGGGGGGUACUGUUUUACUCGGGAGACUUCGCUGAACACAAAUAUUAGUGAUUCACAACAGUAAAACAUAUCACAGCGAUGAUAUUGUCAGUGAAAGUUACUUUUUUUGCAUUUUUCACACACAAACAGCACUUUUACUGAUGAUAUAAUUGUUGUGAUACGCUUUCCAGUUUUUAAACACUAAUAUUUGUGUUCAGCGAUGUCUCCCGAGUAAAACAGUACCCCCCAUGUACAGGUUUUAUAGCAUUUUUGAAAGUUACAAGGUCAAAUAUAUGGGUCAAAUAUUUUACAUUGAAAAUGGCCAGGUUGGUUACGUUGCCUUUGAGAGCGUAUGGUAGCCCAGGAAUGAGAAUUACCCCAUGAUGGCAUACCAUUUGCAAAAGAAGACAACCCAAGCUAUUGCAAAUGGGGUAUGUCCAGUCUUUUUUAGUAACCACUUAGUCACAAACACUGGCCAAAAUUAGCGUUCAAUUUAGUUUUUUUACUUUUUUCACACACAAACAAAUAUGAAUGCUUACUUUGGCCAGUGUUUUCGACUAAGUGGCUACUAAAAAAGACUGGACAUACCCCAUAUUGAAUACCCUGGGUUGUCUACUUUUAAAAAAAAUAUGUACAUGUGGGGUGUUAUUCAGAGAUUUAUGACAGAUAAUAGUGUUACAAUGUCACUAUUGAUAAAUUUUAAAAAUGUAUGUUUUUAAACCGCAAUAUCCUACUUGUACCUAUAGCCCUAUAACAUGCAAAAAAAAGCAAAAAAGCACGUAAACACUAGGUAUUUUAAACUCAGGACAAAAUUUUGAAUCUAUUUAGCAGUUUUUUUCAUUCGCUUUUGUAGAUGAGUAAAAGAUUUUUCAAGUAAAAGUCAAAAACAUGUAUUUUUUUCAAUUUUUCAUCAGAUUUUUGUAUUUUUUUUAAAUUAAAAUACAUGAGAUUAUAUAAAUAAUGGUAUGUAAAGAAAGCCCAUUUUGUCCUGAAAAAAACAAUAUAUAAUUUGUAUGGAAACAGUAAAUGAGAAAGCGGAAAAUUACAGCCAAACACAAACACCACAAAAGUGUAAAAAUAUUCCUGGUCGCAAAUGUACAACAUCGCAAAAACAGUCCAGUCCUUAAGGGGUUAAAUAAUUUGAAACAGGUGGGUCUUUGAACUUCUAUUUACCAAGAGAGAUCUGCAGAUGUGAUCCCUUUGAAGGAACACUACAGUGUCAGGAACACAAACCUAUAUUCCUGACACUAUAUUUUUUAUUUUUUUUAUUCAGUUGAAGGCUGCUUCCAGACGCUCUUCAAUGUGGCUAAAGGGGUCCAUGAGGUAGGCUUGAAGCAGCACUGGGUCCCGUAUCACAGGCGCGGGUGCAUCCGCCAUUUUGUGAGCCGCCGCUCUACUCUCAAUUUGUCGUUGCGGCAUCUCCCACCAUGUCCGGGGGACCUCAGCAUGUAGCCCAGCAGGGCCUGGGGUGGAUGAUGGACGGGGGACCGGCCGCAUCCCCCGCCUUGUAGGAAGUUGCAGGGAGCCCUCAUCUUCAAGAGUGCGCUCUGCCUUCAAGGUUUCACCCCCAUAGGUUGCCCAUACACUCCCCUGUCGAUGCAUGCCCAUGUCAGGAGGAAUUAGGGGGUAGAUUGUCCUUUUUUUUUCGCUUUGAAAAGUAUUUAGGCUGUGGAGCUCCUUCAACCUGCCUCCUGCUCAGUCAGUGGCCCAGCCCUGCCCCCUCCUGACACUAUAUUUUUACCUAUUUAGGUUCCUAGCCCCUCUUGCAUCACAUGCCUCUGCCUCUUUGCACAUGCUCAGCAAAAUACCACACUGUGCAAAUCAGCAUCUCUUCAUAGAGAUUAAUCUCUAUGGAGAACUAGGAUGCAUCUCUAGUGGCUGUCUGAGUGACUGCCACUAGAGUUGUUUCUAGGCAGCAAUGUAAACACUGCAUUUUCUCUGAAAAGGCAGUGUUUAUAUGAAAAGACCUGCAGGGACAGGCUAUAGAGAACAGAAGUACUACAUUAAGCUGUAGUGUUUUUGGUCCAUUUAAGUCCCUCACACCCAGGGCCGGCUUGUCCAUUGGCAGCAGUGGGCCCACGGCUCCAAACAGCACUUUUACAGGGGCGGCAAAAUGCCGCCUUUGGACACUGUAAUGUGGCUGCUAUGGAGCUUGGGUUGCCUCUGUAUAUAUAAAUAGCGAUUACCGCUACAUAUAUAUGCAGUUCUGGGCCCCCGCUGCCUUGUCCUAUGGAGAGGGGAACCAGAAGUCUGAUGUUGCCCUCCUGCAGCUUACUGUCUUCUCGUAACACCGCGAGAGCGUUGCCUUACUUGUCGCGCAGAACGUUACUAUAGCAAAACGCGGCAACGCUCGCGAGAAGAGAAGACCGGAAGCUGCAGGAGGGAAACAUCAGGAUUCUGGGCCCCCUCUCCACAGUACACAGCAAAAUGUGCUACUGGACCACCAUGGAAAAUAGUGUUCUGCUCCCUGAGAGGCAGUGAGGGGGAAAUACACUUAAUCAUAAAUUUUAAUCAUACAUUUAAAAAAAAAAAAAACACAUGCACUGCACACAGGUACUGGAUGCACUGCUCCAACUAUACAGGCACUGCACCCACUACACAACAUCUACUACAAAGACACUGCGUCCACUACACACACGUGCACACACAUUCUCUGUAUCCACUAUCUCUAUCUAUUUUUUGUGUGUGUGUUUGUGUAUAUAUAUGUAUAUAUAUAAUAUAUUUCUUAUUUUUGUAGUGCUUAGAUUGGUGUACAAGCUUGCAAAUACAUAACAAUAGUAGUAAAUGCAGCAAGAUAAAUUGCAGGUACAUAACAAGUUAUAUUGAGAGAUUUGCACUUUUUGUUUUAAAUCAAUAUCAAGAGUAAAACAUUCAUGUCUAAAUGCUACUUGAAAGGAUAUAUGGCUUAAUAGAGACAUGGAUAUGACAAACUGCAUAAUAAUAAUACAAGCUAGAACUGUGACAUAUAGCUAUAUGAUUAAUAGCCAACACCUUUAAAUGAGCAAAUAGCCAUGUCAGUGAAUGUGAGUGAUUGGAAUGAAACACCAAUACUUUGUUUGGGUGAAUAGUAAGAAUCGUACAUCAGUGUUCUGUAUUGGUUAAGCUUAAAUUAUCUGUGGCACCUGGCAUGAACUAACAUAACAUGCUUUUUAACUAGAGGAUGACUAGCUAAAAGCCUAGAGCAACCCCACAUAUCUGAAGCCUCGUGCCCGUAAUUCAGCCUAUUUCCAAGGUGUCCGUCAUCUUUAGUUUAUCAUAGUGUCUGAUUAAAUUAAGGAACGGAUUGUCUGACGUAUUGGAACUGGAUUCAAACACUUUCUGGGCAGGCCAAAAUAAUUGGUAAACUUCUGUAAACCCAUGUAAAUACUCUGAACUGGUAAUUGGAAGGACAGUUACUGGAACUGAGGGAAAUUCCAUAGUGAGCCUGACAUUUGUUCCCUGCCACUUAGUAAUAUAGGUUUGGGGUAGCUUGAAUAUAGCAAAAGGGCAUCUUAUUGUUUGUAGACACAUUUCCUCAACAAUAUGUUCACUCUUCUUGCCUUAGAGUGGCACACUACCUUAUCAGUUUCAUAUAUAUUCCCAUUUGUUUAGAGGAAAACAAGCAUUGAGCACAUCAAAUAAAUCUUGCUGAAAGGUGGUUCACAUCCAAAAUGCCUUGCGUCUUUCCUCUCCACCUUUAAUUUAGAAACCCCAUUUAUUUUUCCGUCAUUGGCCUUAUCGUUGAGGUUUGCGGUUAUUUGUCCAAAAUGUAAGGAAUGUGGGAAAAAACUCAAUACAUAUAAACAAAAAGGAAGUACAACAACCUGGAGAAACGAUCAACUAAAAUAUGUGAUCUAAAAAAAAUCAUUAAUACAUAGCGUAGUACAGUAAUAAAAAAAAUAUGCUGGCGUGUAUAAAGUAGAACACUCACAAACGAGAAAUUCAUGCUCAUCACCCUUUUAAGGGUACUGGGAUGUAGAUCUUCUAUAGGGAACACAAUAGUGGAAUACAAUUAAAACAAUUGAAUAUUUAUUGUAUUGCACUUACAAGAAUGUAAAAAUUAUAUAUAGGCAUAUCUCCACCAAUAGUGGUAAUCCAGCAAGAUAUAGGCUUUGAACAACAAGCAGAAUUAGCCAAAACUGGUGAGGAAAUAGCAGUAAAAAAAAUAAAAUCUAAUAACCAACUGCGAAAUAAAAGCCCAAUUAGAUGUAAUUCAAUGCAUUUCGUCUUUAAGGCAGGACUUCUUCAGUGAUGUAUAUUCAUUGUUGGCGAGGAGUCAGUAUACAUAGGCUGGUAGUGAUGAGAAAUGAGAUCCAUAUGGGUUUGGCUUGAGCUGCAAUGACGGACUUCUAGUGAGUUCAAUGUGGACUUCUCUGACACCUUCUGGGUCGUCGCUCUCAGCGCAUGCACACACAAAUAGAACUAGUGUACGUCUGCCGGAAAAGCUGUAAUGGGACAAAAAGUCCAAGGAACAAUGGCAAAAAAAAACACCAUAAAUGUAGCUAACCAAAUUUAUACAUAGAAAGAAGAUAUUCUGCCACCCCCACAAUAUGAAGCAGGUACAUUGGGGUUAUUUUGUAAUUUUAUAAAUAGAAUUUUAUAAUGUAACAUAUGAUCAGUGAAAAUAGACUGAAUGACAGAGCACUUAGGUUAUUUACUAAAGUGAGAAUUGUUGUGAAUUUAAAUUUAGACCAAAAUAGCCAAAUUUGAAGCACAGCUGAUGUGGAGCAUUUUUCCAAUACAAAUCUUUUUGCCUUGCGUUUGAAAUCCACUUAGAAUUCCCAACGAUUCUCACUUUGGUAAAUAUGUAUGUGUUUGUGAGAUCCUGGGGUUAAUUAUUUUAAUUAUCUGUGCUCAGGAGUCACCAAGAGCCAGUGUGCAUUGGCUAAUAUGAUUAUUUUAGAUUUUACUUCAAUUGUAUUAUGGUUAAAGGACCACUAUAGUGCCAGGAAAACAUACUCGUUUUCCUGGCACCAUAGUGCCCUGAGGGUGCCCCCACCCUCAGGGACCCCCUCCCGCCCGGCUCUGGAAAGGGGAAAAGGGGUUAAACUUACCUUUUUCCAGUGCUGGGCGGUGAGCUCUCCUCCUCCGUUCCUCCUCCUGGGCUGAAUGCGCAUGCGCGGCAAGAGCUGCGCGCGCAUUCAGCCGGUCACAUAUGAAAGCAUUCAUAAUGCUUUCCUAUGGACGCUUUGCGUGCUCUCACUGUGAAAAUCACAGUGAGAAGCACGCAAUAGCCUCUAGUGGCUGUCAAUGAGACAGCCACUAGAGGAUUAGGGGGAAGGCUUAAUCCAUUCAUAAACAUAGCAGUUUCUCUGAAACUGCUAUGUUUAUGAAAAAAUGGGUUAACCCUAGCUGGACCUGGCACCCAGACCACUUCAUUAAGCUGAAGUGGUCUGGGUGCCUAGAGUGGUCCUUUAAUGUCGUGCUUGCACAAAAAUGGGGUUAUAUAAUUAAACAGUAUACUGUUAGAAAUGCAAACAUGUAUUUCUAAGUCUAUAGUGUUACCCUCCCCAAAACAAUAUCACCAAACCAAAUAUUUUACUCGGUGUCAGUCUAACCGCAGCCACCUUACCUCCCUGGCUGAGACAUUGUCAGGCUAGUGUGCAUUUGCAGAAAAUCACCACACCAUGCUAGUCCACAUCUACUCAUAUUGAGACACUGAAACUCUGUGUGCAUCAUUCUGUGUGACUGUCAGUCCUGCAAUAUAUUUAGAUUUUUUUUCAUUAUUUUAUUUGACCAUUAUUAAGCUCAUAUUGGCUUGUAUUGAGUUGGGGUAUGUGGUGAAAAUAUAAAAACUCCCAUCUGCUUAUUUUCUGGACAUUUGACACAUUAUUUUCCUAAGAUGCUCUGUGUGCCCAUUUGCAUACACUGUGAUUCUUUCCUUGUUUACUCAGGCUGUCGUCGUGUCGCACUGAGAGACUCAUUGCAAAUGUUUGUUUGCCAAUAGUGUGUCAGCACAGUUUUCUAUAUGUUAAAUAUCCAUAUAACUUGUGUGUGUGUGUGUGUGUGUGUGUGUGUGUGUGUGUGUGUAUAUAUAUAUAUAUAAAUUUUUUUAUUUUUUUUUUUAUAUAUAUAUUAGUUUUUGGGGUUUUUUUUGUUUGUUUUUAAAUAUAUAUUUUCAGGACUAUAGGUUCCCUUAUGUCCAUUUUCUUUGCCAUUUAAAAAAAAAAAAAAUUAAAAAAAGUUAACAAUUGCUCACCUACUCUCCAGCUCUGGCCUCAUUUGCUACUGCUCUGUGUCUCUCCGUGUUAUCAGCAUGCCUGUUGACAUUCACCUUCCGGGAUUUGCUUGGGUUGGAGAUACACAUGCACGACAAAAUGCAUUUGAUUCCAGGAUCAAAUUUCACUCGCUUCUGGAUGAGGGAGCACCUCUAGUGACUGUUAGGAAUACAGCCUCUAAAGGUGUAUUUAACCAGGUUUUUUUUUGUUUGUUUUUGUUGAAAGCUAGGCUUUCUUUCUUAUAUUAAGUCUGGAUGAAUUUUAAAGUCAAUAAAAAUCUGUUCUGAUUUAAAUUCUAUAUUGAUAGUUACAAUGUAUGUCUGUCAUUUGAGACUGGUAGUUGCUUUGCAUAUUGAUUUCUAUGAGCCUGGUACCUGUGGCACAGGCUUGUCCCCAAGUACAUAAUGAGUCACAACUACUUCCUGUUUUUGCACAUGCUGUCUGCUUAGAAUCCUGGAUGUAAAUGUGUUCUAAACUAUAUUAAUCCCAUGUGUUGUAUUUCCCCCGUGUAGGUUUUACGUGAGACAUUUCCUAAACACACAUUUCUGAUGAAUGGACUCAUUCAAGGAGUAAAGGUGAGGAUAUUUUUUUGUUCUGGUGUUGUGAUCUGUGUGAUUUUAAAAAUUGAGCAAUUUUUAUGAGCCAGUUCAAGUUUAAAAGUAAUGGUUUUUGUAUUCGUUUAUUUAUAAGUCAUCGCAAUUGAUGUCUUAUAAGUUUAGUUUGUGCCAUAAUUUAGGCUCAGUUCUCUGGUGAGUGGAAGUUCCAGACAAUUGUGAGGAACCUUGAUGAAAGGUGAACACAUGACAGGUCUAAGUAAAUUAAGGAAGUGCUAACAAGAAAUAUUAGCUGCAUAGUUUGAGGUGUCACUUUGAACUCCACUACUGCAUUUACACUUAAAAGAACACUAUAGGGUCAUGAACACAGACAUGUAUUCCUGACCCUAUAGUUAAAAACUCCCCCUUAGUCACCUUAAAAGGUAAUAAAACCUUAUUUCAAGAAGCACGCAGGCCCGACGGCGCUUCCUCAUCUUCUUGCGGACAUCAAAAUGUAUGAUUCCAGCCAAUCCAAUUUUCUGGAUUGGGUGAAUGCAGGACGGGGCCCCACGCUGGUUUGGCCAAAUAGCACCUCCUUAUAAAGAUGCAUUGAAUCAAUGCAUUCCUAUGAGAAAAGUUCAGCAUGAGAUGCUGAAUGGCAGUGGCCAUCUGAGGAGUGGCCUGUGGAGGUGUCCCUAGGGGGAAAUGUAAACACUCUUUUCUAUGAAAAGGCAGGGUUACAUGAAAAUGUCUGCAGUGACUGAUGAUACUCACCAGAACAACUACAUUAAGCUGUAGUUGUUCUGGUGACUAUAGUGUUCAUUUGAGAAAUAAUUAUUUUAAAAUCAUUAAAAAAUUUAAUUAUUUUUGGAAGAGAAAUGGCUAUUGGGUGGUGGGGGGAGGUGUUACUAUAAUAUUGAGCCCGCAAAGGGCCAAUAUAUUAUAUAAACUGUUCACUUAUGUAUAUAAGCUGGCAAGUACAUUUGCGUCUUGCUAAUUGCUUAAGACUCAAAUUACUCUUUAAAUUAAACAGUCCAUAUUUGUGGGGUUAACUGAUCUCUACAGCAUUUGCACUUGUAUUUGCUAUAUCAUUUUAGCGCUUGAAACUUAGCACAUGUGUAAAGGUAGCAAACCAUGAUUUGUAAAUUUCCAAUAUGCAUUGGAUGCUUUGGUGGUACCACCAUGAAAGCCUGCAUUCUGCACUACAUGAUUUAUUCACUAAAGUGUGAAUUUAAAAAAAAACCAAGUUUCGUCGGCUGGGGCCUGACCAGCACAGAAGAUAGACGUGCCACUGCAGAGAUCCUCUGAAUAAAAAUACGAAAAUACGACUCUUCAGCCCUAAAAGCUUAAAAAAUGGCAACCCAAAUAGUCUCAUCUGACCCACGAAAGGGCACUAAACCGACCUUGCAGCCUGCGAUCACUCUGAGGCCGGCUGGCAGACAGACUUGCGCCAGGACAGGGAGAACCCGCGGGCCCCCGAGCCAACCACCGUGUUUGGGAAGCUCCAUGGACCCAAGGCGAGGGCUCUCGCUAAGGCCCGGAGCCAGAGAGCCGGGAAAUCGAGCCGCGGCGAGACCACCAUCACACGACAAGCCCUCCUUCUUCCAGAGGAAAUCGCAUACAGACCCCAGCCAGGAGAAGCAAUACUGACCUGUGGACACUACCUCUGAAAACCACCUAUGCCUCACUUCCAGGCACCAUGAGCGUGCCGAUUAUGGGAGUCGGUAACACACUGGGGGCUAGCCUGCUGCCUUAUCACCACGUUCAUGUUAUCCCAGCGGACACUAUCCUGCUUAUUCUGCACCAACCUUGUUGAUUUAAGUGCAAGCAUGUUUAAUUUUCUUCUGGUAUGUUAUCUCUAAUGGUCAAUGCCAGACAAGUAAGCCAUGCAAUGUCCAUUUAGACAAAAAAUACUAACCUGAUUAAACAGGGCCCUAAGUCAUUAAGAUUUGAGUCCCAUGCCUCCACAUCCCCCCACACACUGUUCACACUGCUAAUGUUUUAAGCUUCAGUCUAUAACGUGUGUAAAAAGCUUGCCUAUUUUAUUAUUUUUUCUUAUUAUGCUUAACACGAGACCUGCAUAUUUCACUAUAAGCAAAAGUGUACUUAUCUAUGAUACUCAAAGUUAUACGCAUACUUAACCUAGCAUGACAUAUUAUUCUAAAAAAUGUGCAAGAUAUCUACAAGCCAUGUUUAUGUUACAUCCAAUGAAAACCGCGCUUGUGAAAGGUACUAUUGCUAUACAAGCACUGCUGUAAUUCCUAUGCACAACAAAAAUAAAAAAAUAAAAAAAAAUAGUUUCAAAACGAAAAUUUAGACCAAAGUAGCUAAUAUAGAAAAAAGUUUCAAAUGCAUCUCCUUUCUAAUUUUGUUGUUUAAUGGGAAAAAAAAAAUAUUUUACCAUUGUGUUGUGGGCAAUCCAUGCAUUGUUUAACAGCGGUGUUGCCUGAGUGUCCUAAUAAUAAUGGAUUAGAGCAUUCUGUGAAACGUGUGAUAUAAAUAAUUCCUACUGUUUGCAGGCCUUUUGAAUCCUGUGAUCCCCUUGUAUGUUCUGUACUGUUAGGAUGUCUCACUUGGCUAUCCAGUUGUAAAACAACUAUAACACGUUAUUCCUUGGAGCAUCAUUUUAUGUUUUAGUAGGGUGAUUUGCUUACGGUCUUUCUGAAAGCAUUAUAUAUUUUAAAUUACUGCAAAAUGAAAACACUGCUGAUAUUUUAUUCCUGAACCUUUUUUCAAUACGUAAAUUAAUCUAUCUUUAAAAGGGCGUUUAGGUUUCGUAAAUGCCUUCUGAGUCAGAGCAGUGUGUGAAUAUUGUCUCUUUUCUAUAGCAGGGAAACACAUCAUGCUACUGCAUUCUGUCUUCAUAAAACCUGUUUAGUAAGAUACAUCAUAAGGUCAUGCAAUUAUUUGUGCAAGUGGGGACCUGCAGCUUACAAUCAGGUCAUAUGCUAAGGGUUUGUACUGCAGUCUCUAAUUACUAUUAAGCUGUUAUUUUCUCUUCCUCACAGGGUUUAUUGUCUUUCCUUAGUGCUCCUCUAAUUGGGGCUCUCUCGGAUGUGUGGGGGAGAAAAUCCUUUCUGCUGCUUACUGUAUUCUUCACGUGUGCUCCAAUUCCACUGAUGAAGAUUAGUCCAUGGUAAGGGGCACUGUGAGACAGUAGUCCUCUGCAUUUGAAUGUCACUACUCUUAUAUGUAUGCAACAGGCUCUGACAUGGUUUCUUGGAUUUUGCAGGUGGUACUUUGCAGUUAUCUCUGUCUCUGGCGUCUUUGCAGUCACCUUUUCUGUGGUGUUUGCAUAUGUGGCCGAUAUAACACAAGAACAUGAGAGAAGCAUGGCAUAUGGCCUGGUGAGUCCUUUGUAGUAAGUGAUGUCUCAAGGCCAGCUUCAGGACUUGGCUCAAACUUCAUUAAUUAACCCAGCCACCAGGGUUAAUUAUACUAGAUGUCUGUUAAAAGAAGAAAAAACUGGGUUUAUGCUGUUUCACAUUUAAAUUCAGUUUUGUAAGCCCCAAACUGAUUUUUAAACUGUAUUACCUAACUCUUGCACUAUUUUUAUUUACUCACCGGUUUGCUUAAAUUACAUUUUAUUUGUUGACACUAUAUUUGUGUUUUAUGUACAUUUAACAGUCACCCUAUAAUAUUCUUAAAGGAUCACUAUAGUGUCAGGAAAACAAAUCGGUUUUCCUGACAUUAUAGUACCCUGAGGGUGCCCCCAUCCUCAAGGUCCCCCUCCCGUGGCGCGUUAAAACCCCUUCAGUUACUCACCUUCUUCCACUGCCGGGCUCCCUUACCUCUCCUCCCUCGCCGAUGUCAGUGGAGCGGAAUGCGCAUGUGCGGCAGUGCUGCGCGCGCAUUCAAAGUGUCCAUAGGAAAGCAUUUUUCAAUGCUUUCCUAUGGACGCUCUGCGUGAUGGAGGGGUUAAAUGCCUCCAGCGUCACAGAUGUGCCUCUAGUGGCUGUCCGGAAGACAGCCAUUAGAGGCAGGCUUAACCCCAAAUGUAAACAUAGCAGUUUCUCUGAAACUGCUAUGUUUGCGUCUGCAGGGUUAAAACCUGAGGGACCUGGCACCUAGACCACUUCAUUGAGCUGAAGUGGUCUGGGUGCCUAUAGUGUCCCUUUAAGCUUGUAUGCCUAGAUUUUCUUUACCCAUUGCACUGCAGAAUUUGUUAGAUCUUUACAAAUAAUAUUCAUAAGGUUAAUGUUAAGGUGAUUCCUACAUGUAAGUAAUAAUAUGGUCCAGGCUGCAUUUAUAUUCAAUCUUCAAGAUGAUGCCAUGACCAUACGCUUUAUAAUACUGACUAGCUCUGAAACACUUUGAUUUAGUUUCAGACUGCAAAUUCCACUGUAGAACCCUUAUACCUGUGUAAUAGGUAAAAAUAGUUUCACUAAUAAUCACUGUUACACACUUUAGUAGUUAUGGUGUUAGGAGUCCCCUGGCACUGUUCCCUGGUUAAGAGUCAAAUAGUUACAUAGGCUGAAAAGAGAUGUGUCCAUUAAGUUCAGCCUUCCUCGCAUCUGUUUUAUGCUGUUGAUCUAAAAGAAGGCAGAAAACCCAGUUUGAAACACUUCCAAUUUUGCAACAAAUUAUGUGAAAAAAUUCCCUCUUGACCUCAGAACAGCAGUCAGAUUAAUCCUUGGAUCAAGAAGCAUUUAACCUACAUUGAACAAUUAUAUACUUGAAUAUUCUGUUUUUGCAAGUAUGCAUCUAGUUGCUGUUUGAACAUCUGUACGGAGUCUGAUAAAACAACUUCUUCAGGCAGAGAAAUCCACAUCCUUACAGUUCUUACUGUAAAUAACCCUUUCCUUUGCCUUAGACUAAAUCUUCUUUCUUCUGGUCUAAACGCACAACCUCGUGUCUAUGUAUAGUCCUGUUUGUGAAUAGAUUUCCACAUAAUGGUUUGUACUGGCCACAAAUAUAUUUGUAUAAUGUUAUCAUAUCCCCUUUGAGGUAAUGUUUUUCUAAACUUAAGAGGUUUAAAUUUGUUCACCUUUAUUCAUAGCCAAAAUGUUCCAUUCCUUAUAUUAAUAUUGUAGCCCCCCCUCUGCACUCUUUCGAAUUUGAUUCUUACCGAAGGUAAGAGACUAGGUGAUCCCAGACACCAGAAUUCGGGUACCUGUGUCAGAGUACUACUUACCUGUGGUUGUAUCAUCACUCAUUAAAUCCCAAGCCACUACUUCUAAUUAGUGAUGUGCCGAACGGUUCACGAACAGUUUGCCACGAACGGUUCGCCGCGGACUCCAGUCAGCAGACACAUUCCAGCCAAUCAGCAGCAGACCCUCUCUCCCAGACCCUCCCACCUCCUGAACAGCAUCCAUUUUAAAGCUGCAUUCUUAGUGAGCUGUCUGGGAGGGAGGGUCUGCUGCUGAUUGGCUUGAAUGUGUCUGCUGACUGGAGUCCGUGGCGAACCGUUCGGCGAACAGUUCGGGACAUCACUACUUCAUAUAUAUUACUUACUGUGGCAGAACUGGCUUUCUAAGAGAGACUUCUCUGUCGCUGGCAAAUUUCUAGUAAUGGUGUUUGUACAGUUAACAAAUUGGUCUCUUAGAGAUUUAAAAAUUGGGGUAUGGGUCACAAAGAUAAUGCCAUGUACGUAUUUUGUUUCAAAAUUCAACAACCAGUAAUUUAACAUGUAAACUUAGUAAGACCUGCUUUAUUUCAGUAUAAAUCAUCUGCAAAUAUGAAGGUUUUUUUAUUUGUUUAAAUAGUAUUAGGUUACCUAAGAUGUUAAGAAAAUUAUCCAUAUGAUAUUUAGCAAGCUAUUUAUCUUGAGCAUUAGUUAUAGUAAUCCUCAAGAGUUCUGAACAUAACUCCAGAGAAAAGUCAAAAUAACCUGUGGUAAAGUUGUUUACAAGUUUAAAGGGACACUCCAGGCACCCAGACCAUUCUGCCCAUUGGAGUGGUCUGGGUGUCAACUCCCACUAACCCUAACCCUGCAAGUUUAAUUAUUGCAGUUUUUUUAUAAACUGCAAUAAUUACCUUGCAGGGUUAACUCCACCUCUAGUGGCUGUCUACUAGACAGCCACUAGAGGGCACUUCCUGGUCCAUAGCACAGAAAACCUGUGCUAGACCGUCGCUGGACGUCCUCGCGCUGUGUGAGGACCUCCAGUGUCGCUCAAUUCCCCAUAGGAAAGCAAUGAAAAGCAUUUUCAAUGCUUUUUUAUGGAGAGCUCUAAUGUGCAUGCGUGGCAUUGCCGCACAUGUGCAUUAGGUCUCUGUGGCCGGUGGCUGGGAUCAGUCUUGCCCACUGGCCGACGUAAUGAAGAGGAGGAGGAGCGGCGGCGACCCGAAACCACCGCAGAGGGACAUUGGGAGGUGGGAGGGAGAGGGGACCUACAGUGCCAGGAAAACUGAUUGUUUUCCUGGCACUGGAGAGUCCGUUUAAAGGCUUUAGAAAUGUGUUGUGGGUUUUUUUUGGGGGGGGAGGAGAGGGGUUAAUAUUGUACCGUAUUAUUGGGUAACAUACAGAAUGUAUGUGGGAGAAAUAACAAUAUUGAAUGUGUCAUUUAUACUCUUAUAUUGUACAUCUUAUAAAUGUAAAGAAACAGACUUGCUACCAGUGCCACAGUAAACGUACAAACCAAUAAAUAACUUUCUUAACUAAGAUGCACAUAUAUAAUAUGUGUAUUUGAGGCUAAUAAUAACCAGAUUUUACUAUUAACCCCUUAAGGACCAAACUUCUGGAAUAAAAGGGAAUCAUGACAUGUCAUGUGUCCUUAAGGGGUUAAAAUGACAUAAAGUCAUGAUUUUAUUAAUGACACAGAGGCUAGUAUUAUGCAUUAUUUCUUUUACUCCCAGCAGCAAGGAAGGAAGUCUGAGAGAUUCAUAGAAAAAAACAUAACAAUAGCAUAGUAACACUGACACCAAUCAGGAUUUAGUACUGUCCAUAUGGGUGUGGUGCUACUUGACUCCUCUUUCUGUGUAGAUUCCAAAGACCAUUAGUAUAUCAAAGUAUUCCAACAAAAAACUCAACUCUCAAAACAUUCAUCCGGAAAUUCAACCAGGAAAAACAACCACCAACUCUUGAAGGUAUAUUCUAGGUAGAAGAAAAUAAACUAUAUGGUAAUAUUGAAAGCUUGCGAUUGUUAGGCCACUGCUAUCAAACUCGUCAACAAUGUUAAUCGUUAAGUAUCAUAUAAAUGCCAUGCAUGAUAUUUGUACCUACCAUGUCGUACCAUCCAAAAGGCCCAAUGAAUGACCUAUAAAUUAACCACCAACACAGGUAGGGUGGGAAUAAUACACACCCCUGUGUCAUUAAUAAAAUCAUGACUGUACGUCAUGAUAAUCGUAAAAUCUGGUAAUUUUAUUAAAGACACCGAGGUGAGUAUUAUGCUAUUUUAAACCUGAGCAUCCACCAUACUGGAAAUAUGUUGCACCGGGCGAAAAUAGAAAUUACGAAACGUAAAUUCAUUUGACCAAUCAGCCGCUGGUAGGACGUCUUCCAAUCUACAACCUAUCAUAGAAGCCAUAGCCCGUACGAAUGGAAUGGGAAGAAAAAAAUCGAAGUGUCUAUGCCUGCAAACCCUGGUAAAUGCAGCACUCGAAAGGAGAUAAAUAAUGAAUGGAGUUGAUUUGAAUGGAGAGAGAACGUACGGCGUUCCUAUUCCUUAAGACAUAAUGCUGGGCACAGGUUUGGGUUGUCUGGAAACGACGGGUAAAAAAAAAACUCCUUAGUCGAGGAUUUCCCCCUACGUGAAACAUUAAAGGAUACUCGGUUUGGAACAAAAACGCAAACUUGCCAGUACAACAUUCUGACAUCAGCAACACGUUUACUUGAAAGUAAACAAAGCUGCAUCAACAGCUUGACUGAUAAUUGUUUAAGAGAAAGUUUGUGAUUCAAGGGCCAAGACUGAAGAAAAAAAAAAAUCACAUUAACAUCCCAAAAAGACUAUCGAGCCUGAAGGGGUCAAGAAAAACUAUGCCUUUUAAGCAAACGACAGAUGAGUGCAUGUUUACCUAUUGGAGUACCAUCCAAACCCAUAUGUUUUGCUGAUAUGUACAGGUUUAUAGUACGAAAGGAUUUUCCCUGUUCAAAGAGCAGAGCCAGAAAUUGUAAAAUUGAUUUCACAGGAGCUGAUAUGGGAUCCACCGAUUGUCCCAUGCACCAAUCAGUCCACUUUCUCCAAGCCGACCCGUAGGAAUGUCUGGUGCCUAAGCCUCUGCCAGGAGACUGAGUGUUGUCUGCGAAACAUCCUUGAGAUUCUAUGAUGAUCUGAAAUGCCAUCGGAUGAAGUAGACCCUGGUCUAUCAACUUGUGACUCACUCCCUCUGGGUUGGUCAGAAGGUAGGACAUGUCCGGCAAUAGACGUGGAAAGUCUAUCGACAUUUCCAAUAAUUGUGGGAACCAAGGUUGCGACCUCCAUAUCGGAGUUAUCAGAACCAGGGUCCCUUUGGAAUAUCGAAGGAAUGAGAGGGUCCAAGAGAUUAGGUUAAAAAGCGUAAUUCCUCCCGCUGGUCCGGUCUCCAACUGAAGAACCGAGGGAGUUACGCGUUCAGCCAAGAUGCGAAGAGAUCUAUGUGGAAAAGCCCCACAAAGUCGAGAGAAACGUUGGAAAAUCGUUGGGCGGAGGUGCCAAUCCCCUGAAUCUCGAAGGUAUAGAGAAUUCCAAUCCGCUGUUGCAUUAUCUAGUCCUGGGAUAUAUUAUGCUAGUACCGAUAUGCUGUGCUUCUGACAAUAAUGCCAAAAAUCUGCUAGAACUUUUGAUUUCCUUCCUCCUUGGUGGAUGAUACAGUUGCAAGAAAAAGUAUGUGAACCCUUUGGAAUGAUAUGGAUUUCUGCACAAAUUGAUCAUAAAAUGUGAUCUGAUCAUCAUCUAGGUCACAAAAAUAGACAAUCACAGUCUGCUUAAACUAAUAACACACAAAGAAUGAAAUGUUGCCAUGUUUUUAUUGAACACACCAUGUAAAUAUUCACAGUGCAGGUGGAAAAAGUAUGUGAACCCCUAGACUAAUGACAUCUCCAAGAGCUAAUUGGAGUGAGAUGUCAGCCAACUGGAGUCCAAUCAAUGAGAUGAGAUUGGAGGUGUUGGUUACAGCUGCCCUGCCCUAUAAAAAACACACACCAGUUCUGGGUUUGCUUUUCACAAGAAGCAUUGCCUGAUGUGAAUGAUGCCUCGCACAAAAGAGCUCUCAGAAGACCUACGAUUAAGAAUUGUUGACUUUCAUAAAGCUGGAAGGGGUUAUAAAAGUAUCUCCAAAAGCCUUGCUGUUCAUCAGUCCACGGUAAGACAAAUUGUCUAUAAAUGGAGAAAGUUCAGCACUGCUACUACUCUCCCUAGGAGUGGCCGUCCUGUAAAGAUGACUGCAAGAGCACAGCGCAGACUGCUCAAUGAGGUGAAGAAGAAUCCUAGAGUGUCAGCUAAAGACUUACAAAAGUCACUGGCAAAUGCUAACAUCCCUGUUAGCGAAUCUACAAUACGUAAAACACUAAACAAGAAUGGAUUUCAUGGGAGGAAGCCACUGCUGUCCAAACGAAACAUUGCUGCACGUUUCCAGUUUGCACAAGAGCACCUGGAUGUUCCACAGCAGUACUGGCAAAAUAUUCUGUGGACAGAUGAAACCAAAGUUGAGUUGUUUGGAAAAAACACACAACACUGUGUGGCAAAAAAAAGGCACAGCACACAAAUACUGUGAUGUAUGGUGGUGGGGGCAUCAUGGUUUGGGGCUGCUUUGCUGCGUCAGGGCCUGGACGGAUUGCUAUCAUCGAAGGAAAAAUGAAUUCCCAAGUUUAUCAAGACAUUUUGCAGGAGAACUUAGGGCCAUCUGUCUACCAGCUGAAGCUCAACAGAAUAUGGGUGUUGCAACAGGACAAUGACCCAAAGCAUAGAGUAAAUCAACAACAGAAUGGCUUAAACAGAAGAAAAUAUGCCUUCUGAAGUGGCCCAGUCAGAGUCCUGACCUCAACCGGAUUUGAGAUGCUGUGGCAUGACCUCAAGAAAGCGAUUCACACCAGACAUCCCAAGAAUAUUGCUGAACUGAAACAGUUCUGUAAAGAGGAAUGGUCAAGAAUUACUCCUGCCCGUUGUGCACGUCUGAUCUGCAACUACAGGAAACAUUUGGUUGAAGUUAUUGCAGCCAAAGUAGGUUCAACCAGUUAUUAAAUCCAAGGGUUCACAUACUUUUUCCACCUGCACUGUGAAUGUUUACAUGGUAUGUUCAAUAAAAACAUGGCAACAUUUCGUUCUUUGUGUGUUAUUAGUUUAAGCAGACAGUGAUUGUCUAUUGUUGUGACUUGAUGAUGAUCAGAUCACAUUUUAUGACCAAUUUGUGCAGAAAUCCAUAUCAUUCCAAAGUGUUCACAUACUUUUUCUUGCAACUGUAUAACGCAGCGCUGGGACGUUUUCCAUCUUGAUUAGGAUAGAGCAUGAGAUGUCUUAGGGAGUCAUGCUGCGAAUGGCAAAGGAUGCCACUAACCAUUCUAGGCAGUUGAUGUGCAGCAACGUUUCUUUGUUGGACCAUCUGCCACCGGUGGAAACUGUCCCGCAAUGUGCGCUCCAGCAGUGUAAGACGGUGUCCGACUCUGAUUUGAUCUUGCGUAGAUCCCACCCCCAUUCUUGGUUACCAGAAACAGAUUGCUCACAAACCCUUCUGUGUCCCACGGGAUUUGUAGAAUAGCGCGUUUUGACGCCAAGUCUGCGAUCUCUACCGAGAUCAUCGUGUGGUGUUCGUUGGGUAUGUUCAGCUCUCAAGGGAACUGCACCUGAAUAGGGUGAGACUAGCUCCAAUUAAUGCCCCUUUAUCGUAUUCAAUACCCAAACUUCUGAGGUUAGGAGUUUCCAAGCAUGAUAAAACCGUGCCAAUCUGCCCUCCACUUUUACAUGGGAAAAACUGAGAUAAUCGGUACUCACCAUAAGGUAGUCAGCCUGAGACCGACCUCCACGGGUGUUUCGGGGCGUCCACGAGAUUGGAAGAACAGGGUAUAAUUUUGUUCGUGCACCGGUCUCUGGGUAUUAAAGGAUCCUCUGCCGGCUCUGAAUGAGCCCUGAAAUCCACGGCCGGAAAGACCGCUCCUACUUCUACCGGCCCCUCCAUAUAGUCUGAGUUUUAAUUGCUGUAAGGUUUUAACGUACAGCCCCAAAUCCUUAAUAAAGGAUUCGCCAAAGAGUAAGCCUUUUGCGGCUGGCCCCGGAUCAUUGGUCGCCAUACUAGCCAGUUUGGGCUCAUUUUUUUUUAUUUUUUUUUAGAAGUAUCGCCUUGCGGUGUUAGGUUGACAUAGCUGUAUUGGCAUUACCCACCAUGCAGACCAACCUCUGCAACCAACCUUUCGCUACUUCAUAUUCGAAGUCGCUCUCACCCGACUGGGCAGAUUCCACCCACUCAUAGAGCUUAGACAUGGGCCCCAGGGUGUCCAGGUACUUGUCCUAGCAGUUCUGAAAGGAAAAGACUAGGCCUUUCCUCGGUUUCCAACCUGACUUAUUCAAGAAUUGGACCAACAUCAGGGUUUUUCCCCACGGAGUCUGAAAUAUUUUGCUCGGUGGUCUCACUCCAUCUUCGACAGCAUUAAGCGUGUCGUUUAAUACAGGCCGAACCUGGAGGGGAAACAGUAUGUCUGCUUUUAACCAAAUCUUUGCGGCCCGGUUGUGCCACGUUAGUGGUUCCCGUGUUUUGUGUGCCCUCAAGGCCACUACCCUGAGUCUGCAGCAACACUUGGGUUAUUGAGUGUGUGAUAGAAGACCACAUUACCCCCAUCACGGAGGCGAAAGCCUUGUUGAUGGAUUGCACAAUGGUAGAAUUGUUGAGGGAUUGAAAUUCCUCCGAUGCCAUGAGGCUGACGUCAUCUGUAUUGUACGUUUCUCCACCAAUUGUACAGCGCUGCGGAAUCUGUGUGCGCUUUAUAAAUAGCAGUAAUAAAUAAAAAUAAAUCUCUACUAUCCCUGCCUGAGAAGGAAACCCCUGCUGUGGGACACACUGAACCCGCAGAUCUGAGUUUGAUCCUGCAUUAUAGCGUUUCAAUCACUAUCUGCCUACAGGGAAAGAUACCCUUAAUCGUAAUCAGGGUCGAAUUACUAGGCCCAAUAAACCAAUGCUACUAGUAGGUAGCUUAAGGGUUAAAUAACAGUACCUAAAGUGACCUGUUAAGGAAAAAAUCCUAGCUAAAGGCUAAAAGAACAAACGGUUUCAGAAUAGAGAAAUCCUCUACACCAACACAAUUGAACAGCAGUAAUACACAAUAUGGGUCUGGGAGUGCUCCAGGAGGGUGGGAGAAGCCGUUAUCCACCUUUGACAACGAUCCGCUGAAAUUCCUGCCGAAAACACCAUCAAAAUGGCCGCUGCGAGUGAAAGUAUACACUCGCGGUGACAGAAACCAAACAGAUGGCUGCCGCGGCGAGAACUGCGAAUGCAGAGAAGGUCGAAAUGAAAAUGUAAAAAACUGUCAGAGCGACCGCACAAGACCGAGGACACUCGCAGUAAGCAGCCAAGUAGCCCAGCUGCACCACCAAUGGGGCUGACCAUGCAGGGAAGAGAAUAAGUGGGAAAAGGCAGCACUCACAGACACCAGCAGGACUGUAUAACACAGCAAUAAUUAGUGAGCAGUAAAACAUACUCCAUACAUAAAUCUACACACAAAAAAAUAAUUAAAUAUGUGUGUGUGUGUGUGUGUGUGUGUGUGUGUAUAUAUAUAUAUAUAUAUAUAUAUAUAUAUAUAUAUAUAUAUAUAUAUAUAUAUAUAUAUAUAUAUAUAUAUAUGUACACACACACAAAAUGGAGAGAUGACCAGCACUCACGGUUUUCCAAUAGUUUUAAUGUAAAUACAUGUUAAAAAGGACCGACGUUUCAGUCCACGUCUGGGACUUUCAUCAGGAUUAUUUAAUUUUUAUAUAUAUAUUUAACAAAGAGGAGUCAAGGAGCACCACACCGUGCACACAGUGUUACUAUGCUAUUAUUUUUUUUCUAUGAUUCUGUCAUACAUCUUUCCUUGCUGGAAGUAAAUAAAGAAAAAGAAUGCAUAAUAGGAGCCUCCGUGUCUUUAAUAAAGUUUGUCCCUAUGUUUUCCACACUCAUACUUUUCCAUUUUCAUUUAUACCCCACAGGUUUCAGCCACAUUUGCAGCUAGCCUGGUUACAAGUCCGGCAAUAGGCGCUUACCUUGGUCGUGUAUAUGGUGAUUCUCUUGUGGUGCUUCUUGCAACUGCGAUUGCCCUACUGGACAUCUGCUUCAUCCUAGUAGCUGUUCCGGAAUCACUCCCUGAAAAAAUGAGGCCAGCAUCUUGGGGUGCUCCAAUCUCUUGGGAACAAGCUGACCCUUUUGCUGUGAGUUAAAAUAAAAGUGCACACUUAGCACAACUCCUGUUGCACGAGCCUUGUAAUUUGCAGUGCACAAAUGUAUUCCUAAGUCUUGAUGUUUCUUCAAAUAUGAAAACAUACACUAAAUUUAAAGAUACACAAUUGGGUGCAGUAUUUUUUAUUUAUUAUAAGCUUUCUCCAUCAAUCUAUCCAUAUUCUUCAUUCAUACAAUCUUCAAUAUUUACAAUUGUUCAACAGUAAAGCAGCAAUAUAUCUAUUGUAAGAUGCUGUGCAGCAGGAAUUGAUUGGAAGUUUUAGAUCAGUUGUCUGCUUUCUACUGUGUAGUGGUUUAUGGGAAAUGCUCAACACUCCCCAAAUACCUGUUUGAGAUUGGUCAUUACCAUAGAUGAUUAAAGGGACACUAUAAUCACCUAAUCAACUAGCUUACUGGAGUGUUUUUGGUGUAUAGAUUGUGAACCUGCAGUCUAACUCACUUCUCUGCCGUAUGGGAGUUAAAUCACUUUGUUUAUGCAGCUCUCGUCAUACCACCCCUGCAUGUGAUCUACAGUCUCCCUACACACUUCCUAUAAAGAGAAAUCUAAUGUUUGAACUUCCUUUAUUGCACAGUCUGUUUAAUUUAGAAUUUCUUGUCUCUUGCUCAGUUGAUAGCCUGCUAGAGCCUCAUGUGUGCAAUUGAAGUUCAAUUAAGAGAGCAGAAGAUGAAAAUAUCUAAAGUAAACACACUGUUUGGUUACAUCUGAUUAUAAAUGAAACAAUUUUUCGUACAGGCUGUGGGAGUCACCGGCAAUGGAGGUAUGGCUCUGGCUCCGUAAAUCAAAUCAAGUUAUUAAACUCCUAAAGUUGCUUGGGUGUUCUAGUCGGUUCUAAGCUGUUAGUGGCAAGCACACUGGAAUUCCUUUUUGUCUGAUAAUGAUGAGCAAUGCUUGAACUGAACUUACUUAUAGCUGCCAAACAUGACUUGGUGUUGCUUCCAUAGGGAAUAAACUUAGAUACACAUUGUUUUGCUUGCCAGAUCACCAUUAAAAUUAUAAGCAAGCCUAUUCUUUAUUUUAUUUUUUGGACUGUCUAAUACUUAACUGCUAUGCCAUGGUGUGUUACAAAUGGAGUUCAGGAAUGUGCAAGUGACGUGGAGGCAUCCCACAAUUGUUGGUAUAUAAUGGCAGUGAAUUGCAGGAUGCCAAGUUUUUUUUGGGGGGGGGGUGGGGGGGGCUGCAUGAGCAAGUCCUAUCUAUUCUGAAUUCAGUAAUGUAGUAGGAGGAAGUUAUAUUUGGUAUCCUGCCUACCUGAAGGUGAACCUGAUGUUUUCAUGGCUUAUGGUUUCACAUAAAUGGUCCCUUGAGAAAGGCGUUUGUAUGCCGAAAUAUUGCGUAAGUUUAUUGACUUUGUAUACUGUGCUUUUUGUAGGCUUUUGUUACUGAUUUAUGCCGUAUUGUGUUGCAUGGCAUAUCUCACUAGGUACUGGUAAGUUUGUUUGUUUUUUCGAGUGAUCAAAGUGAUUUGAAAUAAAGGUAUUUUUUUAUUUUUUAUUAUUAUUGUAAUGCUAUUUGGUGUGCAUCCCUGGUAUGUUUGUUUUACCACCUUAGUGCUGUAUCAGAUAGCACCAUUUCUUUGGACUGGGUAGUGUGCUUUCCUACUAUUCUUUAUAACUUCACUAUAGUAGUAAGCCAUGCUGGCUCAAAAGUGACUGUAACUGGACUGGUUAAUAGCAAACCUAGCUGUAUAUGUAUCUGUUCUUAUCUGUUAAUAUCUAGCCAUGAUGGAUCUGAACUGGUUACUAUUUGUUAAAUGCAAGCCAUGUUGAAUCUGGACUUGUUAUCAUCUAUAAGCAGGAUGUGUAGUGUCAUAAAGGAUUGGUUUUGCUUGGGCCUGGACUGGUUCUAAAAUGUGACAGAAGUGUCAGAAUGUAGACUAGCAUCUAAGAAUAAUACCUUGCUUGAUCAGAAUUUUUUCUUUUCUUUUUUUUUCUUUUUUUUUUUUUAGUCACUAAAAAAGGUUGGCCAGGAUUCCAUUGUCCUGCUCAUCUGCAUCACUGUUUUUCUCUCCUACCUCCCCGAGGCCGGACAGUACUCCAGCUUCUUCCUGUAUCUCAAACAGGUGAGCAUAUCUCCUGAUGAAGUUUCAACAAUUUAGCUCAAUUUAAAAUAAAUAUGUAUGGGGGCACACACUUUUUUUUAAUUUAAUUUUAUUUUUAUUUAAUAAAAAUACAUGCCUGUUUGACACCUAUUGUUGCUUUUACAAAUCUCCUUUUUUUUUUCAUUUCCAGAUCAUGCAUUUUACCCCAGAAAGUGUUGCAGCCUUUAUAGCUGUAUUGGGAAUUCUCUCCAUUAUUGCUCAGGUGAGUUUCUAAUUGCAGCUCCUCACCCUCAACACCUAGUUUAAUUUGGCCCCUCACUUUCUGAACCUGGCUAGUUUUUGCUUUGGCUUCUUCCUGUCUGCACCUAGCGUGUUUGUGUGAUUUUGGCUAUUUUUCUUUUAGCACCCAUUUUGCUUGUUCAAUGCUUUUUAUCUUUCUAUACCAAUUCAGACAUGCUACUCCAUGGAAAAAACAGAAAAAAAUCAGCGCUAAAUGGCCACAGUAAAAAAAGGCUGCACUCCUUAAAAGGGAAUCCCCUAUAAAUCCCUAAUAGUUGAAAAAGACAAGACAAACAGUACAGUAAGGAUGCGCCUAAAAUAUAUACUCAAAAUUAUAAAAUACAAUAAUAAAACAAAAUAUAUAAAAUAUAAAAAUGGUUGGCAAUAGUCCAAAACUUAUCAAAGUUCAUGAUGAAAGAUCCCACGUGAGACAAAAGAAAAUUCUUAGGAUGUAGGGUGAGGUCAGAUCUUCAUUCAAUGGAGCAUAUGUGGAGAGAAAAAAGUACAGGACUCCAGUGGUACAGUAGGUAGGUACGUUGAGAAUAAAAUAGUAAAAUAAGUCUUACUCACACUUUUCAGAGCUGAGGAUCCAGCUCUGAUGUAAUGCACGUAAAGUGGAAUGAUCCCCACUCGAGGAUAUGUGGAGUAGAUGACAAUUGGCGAUUCUCUAGUACACGUACGGCUUCCAAAUUCCAGACCCAGAAGGAAAGAAUAAAAUAUAUAGUGCUCUCUGUAUUGUGAUAAAAGGUUAAGAAGUAUAAAAUGUAUAUUACUCACAUUCUUUUGAGCAGAUGUAUACUGCUCACUAUAGGCGCUUAGGUGGUAUAAUCCCCACCUAUGGAUUCUUUAUAUUUCUUCUAAAAUUAGACAAUAUAGGUAGUCAGGUGAAAGGAAAAAAGAAGAAAAAAUGGCAAUAAAGUGUUUUAUGCCAAAAAUUCUUUAUUAUAACGUAUUAAAAUGAUAUCUAGAGGGGCGUGGCCGACCACCGAGCAAGAUGGCCGCAUAAGGACUUGCUCCGGUACUGAGCUCUUAUACAUGAGCUAUUAAAGGCACAAAACAACAAAGAAAUAAACAAAAUAACGGCGCCAAAGCGAUGGCCACCCACAGGACGAAAAAAACGACGGCCAAAACAGACAAAAUCAACUUUUUUGGCCACAAAAGCCAAACUCCACAAACUGCCUCACAGCCGGAUGCCCAAGAUGGCGAGGGAGAUUCGGAUUCGAGCCUCCCCAUGGCGGAUAAAGCACAGUCCGACCAAAUUACGAAAAGUUUCCUGGAGCACGCGCUGAACAAUCUGUCCACCAAACUGAUAGCCUCCUGGCAACAAACGGCAGAUGCCAUGAGGAAGGAAAUGCAGGAACUGGGAACACGCACUUCCAAAAUUGAGGACAAAAUGGGGGACUUCGCUUCUGCCCACAACAACAUGGCGGAUCAUGUCCAACAGUUGGAGGAGAAGGUGGAACGCCUGAGUCGCAAAUGGCAGAUGCAGAAGAUCGGGCACGGCGGAACAAUAUCCGGCUUCGAGGAGUACCAGAGUCGGUGCAACCAGUAGACCUUCAGGCCUACGCACGAGGCCUAAUGAGAGCUUACGCGCCGGACAUACCGACGGACAUGAUGCUCAUUGACCGGAUACACAGAAUCCCCAAGCCGGCUCACCUGCCAGACUCCACACCACGAGACGUGUUGCUGCGGGCCCAUUACUUUCAUGUCAAAGAGCUGGUCCUCACGGCGAGCCGUAACCGCAACCACCCGCACGAAGACUUCCCCACAGUAAAGAUAUUCAAUGACCUCUCGGCAGCAACGUUGAAAAAACGACGGGCAUUCCAACAGGUCGCAGAAGCUUUACGGCAACAUGGCACCAGAUAUCGAUGGGGCUACCCGACUAAGAUGCUGAUUCAACGCGGAGGCGCCUUCAAACCCGUCCAUUCCCCGGAGGAAGGAGUCCGGCUUCUAAAAGAAUGGGGGAUACCGCUUGGCCAGUCGGAGCCUACUGCACAGCCGAUUAAGAAGACAACACGGGAGUGGAGCGUCGUCCGCCAGAGACUUACCUAAUGGACAUGAUAUCAUGGGUCGCAAGUAUUGUCAGCACACAACACCACAACUACACUAUCCUACACCGCAUCACACAACUUAUUUACACACACCUGCUACAGAUGCCGCUCUCUUAAGCGAUCUAUUCCACACACGUAUAUACCACCACACUUCACAAAGCACUAAAGCGGAUGACCCGCUCUGGGGACCGCAAAGCAGAGUGCCUGUCUGCACAUUGUGGACACUUUCCUGAAUCUCGACCCAACAUGAACUAGCUACGGCCCGACUCACUCCAAGAGUGGUCCGCCACUCAAUACUUUCAAGAUGGUUAUAAUAUUUUGUUUCCUUUCUAGCAUAACCUACCUAAACUUUGCAUAUGUUAUUGGGAUGUCGGGGGUACUGGGGGCUUAGAGAUAUGUUACACGGAAAACUGCAUACACUGAUAUAGAUAUGGAAACAUACCCAGGAGGACCCCUUGGCCCCCAUGACAGCUCGCUACAUGACAUGACACCCUGUAGGAGACAUUAAAGUAGCCCAGAGUAACCGAGCCCAAACGAGGCCUGAGGCUAUGCAGAGCGCAGGGAAGUUUCAGCACUUAACACAGUCCCCGCCGUGGGGUGCACACUAUUACGCGGCCGACGAAGCAGGCUAGCACCGCCCCUAUGCACGGCGGAGAUCUAGCCGUGCAUAUCGGCCGUGGGCCGGGCAGAGGCCACGGCGGGUGUCGACAGCACACAUGGUGACAGUAACUUGCGUGGGCUAGGACGCAUGGGACGAAAAAAAAAAAAAAACGCUAAAUUCUUCUAAUCAGGGAACAAAUGGAACCCAUAUGCCAGGCGCAUUUCAGCCUUUUUGACUGACCACAACUCACAGAGCUCAACAGCCACAUCACGGGAGAACCCAGGAACUCCCACCCCCAAGGUGUGGACCUACCACACCAACUCCUCCCUGGAGGAAAUUUUGCUUACCAUAUCCAAGUUCGAUUGUCCAAGUUACACCCCCUUCCCUACCCCUUUCCACAGAAGAGAGGAUUCACUGCUAACCAGCCUACCUAUUAUAGCACUCACCAUCACCCCAUACCACAGCGGAAGCAAACCCCAAUGGCACCAUGUGCUUUAAUUCAGCACCUCACCCUCCACUUAUGUCUCUAACGAUACGAUCCCACAACACAAGAGGGUUGAAUCACCCCCAUAAACGACGCCUUCUCUUAGAAGAGGCAAAUAGGGACAAAAUAGAUAUCUUAUGUGCCCAAGAGACUCAUUUUGUGACCAAUAGAGUCCCUCAGUUUGGGCUACGGAACUACCCAACUCAAUUCCACGCAACCCACUCCUCUAAAUCCAAAGGGGUGUCUUUUUUGAUACACCACACACUGACGUUUGAAUUGCUGAGCCUACGCAAAGAUGCGCAGGGGAGGUAUAUAGUAUUGCACUGUAUAGUUAACAAUACCGAAUAUGUCCUGGUGGGGGUAUACAGCCCAAACACAAACCAAACACAAUUUUUCAAGAAAGUCAUGAACAAACUACCCACCUCCACGACGGGAAACACAAUUAUAUGUGGUGAUUUAAAUCAUGUGCUGAACUCCCACACGGAUACGUCCCUCCCUAACACCUCCCCGCGACAUUCUGCAAUGAGGACACAGAGUAAAGCCCUACACCAUCUACUAACAGAACACAACCUAUAUGACACCUGGCGCAUGCUCCACCCCAUGGAAAAAGGGUUCACCUACUUCUCACAAGUACACAAGUCGUUCUCCAGAAUAGAUUAUGCCCUGGUGUCAGGGCCACUGGCGUCCAGAACCACCCACUGUCAGAUUGGAGACAUUGUGUGGUCGGACCAUGCGCCGCUCACGGUGACUCUAAGCGACUCCUUUCCCCACAGAGGGCGCCCACCCUGGCGCCUCAACGACUCAAUUUUGCAUGACACCACAUUCCGGGCACAACUGAUGCGGGAUCUGGAACAAUACUUCCAGACCAACAACACUCCGGACAUAUCCCCCGGCACUUUGUGGCAGGCCCACAAGCCGACCAUACGAGGGCUGCUGAUUAGUAGAGCCGCCCACAUCAAACGUAAAUCCAAUGAAGAAUACAUGACACUACUUCGGACAAUCAGAGAUACCACGGCCGCACAUGCACUAAACCCAAACGCUGCUCACCUUACCAUCAUAGACUCCGCUACUAGACGGCUGAAUGACAUACACCUAGCCAAAUCAUCCUACACUAUGCAACGCUUAAAAAUAAGACAAUAUUCCCAGGGUAACAAAGCAGGGAAAGUCAUGGCAGCAAUGCUAAGGAAAAAACAAUCCCAAUCUAAAAUUCCUUACCUAUACACAAAUAGCGGGGCAAAUCUGUACAACCCCCAAGACAUCAACAACGAGAUGGCAAAAUUUUACCACACACUGUACAACUUACAACAAGACGCGGCGACUCAUCAACCCACAGAUACUGAAAUCAAACACUUCCUAGACCUCACACAACUACCCUCAUUAACGCAUGCACAAGUAGAAAAACUCCAGACUCCAAUAACGAAUCAAGAGAUACUCGACACCAUCGCGUCAUUGCCGCCUGGUAAAUCCCCAGGCCCAGACGGUCUAACAAAUUGUUACUAUAAAACCUUUGCUACCAUACUGGCCCCGCACAUGACAGUAUUAUACAACCACAUAACCACCACGGGUAAAGUGCCGAGGGAGAUGCUAAUGGCGCAUGUAGCCACUCUCCCCAAACCAGGGAAACCACCAAAUAGAUGCCAGAACCUGCGCCCAAUCUCGCUCCUCAACACGGACACAAAAAUAUUAGCCAAAAUUUAUGCCAACAGACUGUCAACAAUAAUCCCUACCCUGGUGCACGCAGACCAGGUGGGGUGUGUGAGUGGCCGCCAGGGGGCGGAUGGAGUGAGGAAAGUGUUGGACCUGCUGGGUGGACUGCGGGGAGGGGGAGCACCGAGCGUGUUGGUGUCGUUGGAUGCUGAAAAAGCGUUCGACCGCCUUCACUGGCCCUUCCUCCGCGCGGUCCUAGGGAGAUUUGGAUUCCCCCCACGGUUCCAGGCAUUGGUGGAAGCGUUAUACUCUAACCCGUCGGCACAAGUAGCGAAUGGGGGCUUCUCUUCCAGUAAUUUCAACAUCACAAAUGGCACUAGGCAGGGCUGCCCUUUAUCCCCGAUACUGUACAUACUUGCCCUGGAGCCACUUGCACACAUGAUUAGGACGAACCCCACGAUUCAGGGAAUUAAGGUAAAAAACGAUGAAUAUAAAAUCGCGUUAUUCGCGGAUGACAUCCUUCUCACACUACAAAACCCAAGCUCCUCCCUGACAGCGCUACAACAGCUGAUACACCAAUAUGGGAAAUGCUCGUACUAUAAAUUGAAUGUCUCCAAAACACAAGCAUUAGGCAUCAAUCUAUCGCAGCCCGAGAUGAGCCACCUUAAAACGAACUUUGCAUUUGAAUGGCGCGCAGACAAAAUAACAUUUCUAGGAAUAGCUUUGACCAAAACGUUGGCGGGUAUCCACAAAGCAAAUUACAUACCACUUCUCACGGAGCUCAAAUCCCUCGUACACAGUUGGAAAGGGAAGUUUAUAUCGUGGGUAGGCAGGAUAGCUGCAGUGAAAAUGUUGCUCCUUCCAAGAAUACAAUACCUAUUCAGAUCCAUCCCGCUUGCAAUCCCCAGGCGUUACCUGAGUGAAAUACAAACUCUAGUAUCCUCGUUCAUCUGGAACAACACCAAACCUAGAAUAGCAGCAGCCACACUACAUAAACCCCUUCAGAAAGGGGGUAUGGGCUUGCCAAACAUAGCUCACUACUAUAAAGCGGCCAUGAUAAGCCCGAUCUUGGCAGUUACGGGUAACCCUAGCCCCCCACAGUGGGUACGAAUAGAAGCAUGUUACACAAAUAACUUCACAAUCCCCGCUCUGGCUUGGAUGUCCAGGAAACUAAGGCCUAAACACAAAGACAGUCUCCCCACCACUAGGCUAACACUACAAAUCUGGGAUCACUUUGGUAAAACACACAUAAUGAAAGGGGGCCCCUCUCUAGCAACGCCACUGGAGACACUGAGCCUGAUCAUACCGGGAUUCCAACUCCGCAUGUGGCACGACCAUGACAUUAAACAUCUAUACCACAUAUGUCAGGGCCCAACUUUGAAAACAUUCACUGAGAUCCAAAAACAAUAUGGGCUUCCAGACACAGCUCACUUCUCAUAUAGGCAAUUAGCGUCAUGGCUCAGGACGCAAACGAUCUGUUCUAAUCAUCCGGAGGCUGGGCUACAAAUGACAGAACUAGAAUUAAUAUGCCUCAACCUAAAACCAAAGAAAAAACUUAUCUCAUUAAUUUACGCCAUAUACAAUUCCACAAAAGGCCCACAUACCUUCACCUUCACAAAAGCGUGGGACCGUGAUCUGACAACUCACUUAUCUGAGAUCCAAUGGGCCAAAAUAUUUAAGGGACACAGGAACCUCUCAUUGUGUGCCUCCCACACAGAGAUCACGCGUAAAAUACUAUAUAGGUGGUACAUGGUCCCCACAAGGCUCCACAAAGGGAACCCAAACAUAUCGGACACGUGCUGGCGCUGUACAGACGGCAAAGGGUCCAUGAUACACAUUUGGUGGACAUGCCCAAAACUGAAACCAUACUGGGACGAUAUAAUACAACUAAUCCAAGACAGCACAGGUGUCCACCUACCACAGAACCCUGAAGUCUAUCUGUUUCAACUACUUCCCAAAAAUCUCACGAAACCCCAAGUAUACCUCAUCUACCACAUCAUUGUAGCAGCACUACAGGCGAUAAGCAGAUUAUGGCGAAAUCCAGUUCCACCACACCUGUCCCAAUGUAUCAGAGCACUACAGAUGACGAGACAAUACGAACUAAUGGCACGUAAAAAUACACCACCUAAACAAUUUAUAGCGGUAGCCUGGGACACGUGGGAAACGUACAUGACGGGGCCAACAAAAGGGGGAACCUCCGAAUCACCGCAACAUGACACCACUUAAACAGGACACCACUUCAACAUACAAAAUUGAGAGGCACACUUCCUCCAUAGCGACACCCAGCCUCCCACCUACCAUAUUGACCAAUACUGUCCAAACCCGACAUGGGCGACACAUAGUGGGACUCGAACCACACUGGGUUAGGCACAACUCCAACUCCAUCUGCUCUUAACUGAGCAUGCUGACCUCCUCUCCCCUCCUCCUCCGAUCCCUUCCUCUCUACCCCCCCCUUAUGUUAAUGUUGCAUUAUUCGUUGUAUUAUAAUGGUACCAAACGUAUCAACUGGUAGCAAUCUUAUGACAUAUGUACUACUGGAUAUAUGUAUGUAAAUUCUAUCCAUUGUUACAAUCUCCUACUGUACAAGAUGAUUUUUGGUAUGUUGAUACUACAAAAUGCAAAAAAAAAAAUGAUAUCUAGACGUGUUUCGCCCCAAGGGCUUCUUCAAGUAGAUAAAAGUAAAAAUAACUACUCCAUGUCAAGUAGGCCCAUAGCUGUGUGUGGGGGCCUGCCAGUAGAUUGAUAAGCAGUGGUGGUGUGGCUGUUAUCAGCUUCUAUAUUAGUUCCUGUAAGACUGUACACUUUAAUCUGCUGCUUGUGGCCCUGGCUGACUUAUUUUGUGUGUGUGUAUGUGUAUAUGUAUGUGUAUAUAUAUAUAUAUAUAUAUAUAUAUUAUGCACCGCAGCAGGUCAUCUCUUCUCACAAACUGCAAGAGUAUGACCGCCACUAGUUAUGGCAAUGAUCUGGCAUUCAUUGUGUGCCCACGGAGCGUUGCCAUAGCAACCCGUGGCCACAUUCUACUGUCUCGCAAGCAGAGCGGACAUGAUGCUUUUGGGGUGGAAAUAGACUCCUGGCCAAACCUUAGCAAUACAACCUGCUGAGCCACACGGCCACCAAGGAAUAUUGUGUCCCCCUCCCUGACAACAGGUAAAAGACCGGAAAGUGGGAAUAAAGUUAAUAAACAUGAUGUCUCCUCACACACUAUAUGCACUACACAUACUGCAUACAAUACACAGACAUUGAAUUUGCUGUUCACACUGCCUAACAUAAGGGAUGAGGGUGUGUUUUGGUGAAGGGGGGUGCGCAACAUUUCAUUGUUGGAUCCAUGCAGCACAAUGGUCCUGGGUAGUCAGGUAUGAAAUAGACCAGAAUAAGAGGCUUUUUAGUUGUUGGAACCUCUUUCUAGAUUGAGAGGAGCUUUACCUACUAAAUGCAUUAAAUAAAAAAUAAAAAAACUGGCGGUCAGGAAUAAGUUUGAUUUUAAUAAUUGUUAUAAUGCCUUUGCAUGUUUGUUCUUUAUCAUUUUUUUGCAUAGACCGUUGUUUUGAGUUUACUGAUGAGGUCAAUUGGAAACAAGAACACAAUUCUGCUGGGACUGGGUUUCCAGAUUUUGCAACUGGCCUGGUACGGAUUCGGCUCAGAGUCUUGGUAUGUAAUGUACUCUUUCUGCGUUCUCUCUUGCUAGGGCUGUAAACUAUAAUUUAUGGGGAUAAACAGAUGUUUCCACUUUCCAUUAUUUCAGUACUAUCAUAAUCCUUCUGUAAACAUUACUGAUCUCACUGUCUCUGCUGUACUAAUAAGCGCAUCCUGAAACUAGACACACCAAACAAGAAUAAAUCAAAUUCCUUUUGGAUUUUUUUUCUAGGGUUUCAGAGUUUGAACUUUGAAUUGAAUUGAUUCCACGUUGAUUCACCUUUGCAGUUAUAAUUAACCCCUUAAUGCUGUUACAGCGUUCUAUGCCGUCCCGCAUUAAAAGGGCUUUAAAGCCGUUGCGGCGGCAUAGAACGCCGUAACUGCUUUCUACCUCUGGAGGUCCGAUGGACUUACCUCCGCGAUCCUCUUCUGGAGGGCUGCCUGACAGCCCAGGCAGCCCUCCCCCUGCAAAUAUGGCCCCCUGUAGCUGGCUGUGGAUCUGCCAGCAGGGGGACUGUCUGAAAUAUCAGACAGUCCCCCUGAUGGUGGGAGCUGUAAAAAAAAAAAAAAAAAAAUUAGACCUGUGUAAAAUUUAAAUAAAAGCGGAUUAUAUGUGUGUGUGUGUGUGUGUGUAUAUAUAUAAUAUAUACAUGUAACGUCAUACAAAGUGUAUUUUAAUAUUAAUAUAAGUACUUAUAUUAGUAUUAAAAUACACUAAGAAUUACGUUAUAUAUAUUAGAUAUAUACAAAAAUAUAUAUAUUUAUUAGAUAUAUAUAUUAGAUAUAUGUACGUAUAAUUACAAGAAUACAUAAAAUAUUGAAACAAAGUUUUAGAUAAAUUAUAUUCAUAUGUAAUUUCAUUCUAACUGUAUUUUGUUAUGUGUAUGUUUGUGUGUGUGUGUGUAUGUGUAUAUAUAUAUAUAUAUAUAUAUAUUAUAUAUAAAUAUAACAAAGUACACUUAGAAUGACAUUCUAUAUAUAUCUAUAUAUAAAAUACAAAUAACCGCAAAUAUAUAUGUGUGUGUAUAUAUGUUCCAUAUAUGAAUAGUUAAUGAUAAAUUAAAGCCCUGUUUCUCCUGAACAAAAUGAUAUAUAAUAAGUGUGGGUGCACUUAAUGUGACAGCUGUGAAUUACAGUUGAACAGACAUAUAGCGCAAAUUCCAGUUUUUGUUUACAUUUUGUUUUGAUCAGAAUGUGCACUAUUGACUCCGUCCUUAAGGGGUUUACAUUCUAUAACUGCUAGUGGUUUGUUUGUUUUCUUCUCAUGGGGCUGGACUCUCCCUUUUAGGCAUUCUAAAUCUCCACUCAUGCCUUUAAAAUCUGUCCUACCGUGUCCUGAAAUUAGACCCUGAAUCAAUAAAAAUGAUGAGCUUAAGAGUUCUUGUCUAUCUGUGGAGGCGAACGGUGCAAGACCAAGCUAAGACAAUUUAAGAAUAUGAAUUUGGCAGCACAACACACACAAAAAUAAUUGGAAAUUUAUCAGGUUUUGAAGAAGUAAUCUUUGUCAUCACUGGGACAGACACAGAUAUCAGAAUGCCGGAGGAGGAGAAGUAAAGUACUACAAUGUUAGAACUGAAAAAAUCAGCAUACUGGAAAAGAGACUUUUAAACAGUUAUGCUCUAGAAUUUUACUUGUACGUUUGAGCAUGCUUUGUAGAGACAUCAAGACUAUACAGUUGGCAAAUAGUAUUGCCCUGCUGUAAUUUCUGAAAGUAUCCUGGCAAAAACAGCAGUUAUAGAAUGUUUAAAGAAGGUAAACAAAAGAAAAUGGAAGAACAAUUUAACUGGGGGAAAUGUUUACAUGUCCAACAACAUUUGGAACCUAGACAUGAAACAGUCAGUAAGGUUAGCUUUAAAGUGGCUUUUCUUUGUUGUGAAUAGUAAAAACAAAAACAGAAAUUGGAGCCACAAAAAUAAAUAUGCAAACAUUUGAGUUAAUUUUUAUUUCUGUGAAUUCAGGGAAGCAUAAUAAGUAUUCGGUUUGUAACGCAGCUUGCUUGUGAGGUAGCUAGGUUCUGCCAUAAAAUAUGGCAAGCCAGUGUCUUAAGGAGAAAUAUAAUGGCAAGCCAUUCGUGUAUAUACAAAUACCAGAAUGAUUAGUGUAUCACCAGAUAUCAGGGUUGAAUAAUCAGAGGUCGUUAACCUUUACUACCUGUUACUGUUCGUAGCUAAUCAUUAAACGGACACUAUAGUAGCCAGAACAACUACAACUUAUUGUAUUUGUUCUGGUGAGUAGAAUCAUUCCCUUCAGGCGCUUUGCUGUAAACACUGUAUUUUCAGAGAAAAUGCAGUGUUUACAUUACAGCCUAUUGAUAACUUCACUGGCCACUGCUCAGAUGGCUACUGGAGGUGCUUCCUGGGGCAAUGCUGCACACUGUCCAGCACUACCAUUCAGUGUCUCCACUGCAUGGAAACACUGAACUUGCCUCAGAGAGAUGCAUUGAUUCAAUGCAUCUCUGAGGAAAUGCUAAUUGGCCAGGGCUGUGUUUGACUUGUGCUGGCUCUGCCCCUGAUCUUCCUCCUUGACGGCCUCAGCCAAUCCUAUGAGAAAGCAUUGUGAUUGGCUCAGAACAACACUUCUUAUGAUGCCAGCAAAGCAGGCAGACAUCAAGGGUAGAGGCAACAGCUGCAGACUUGAACAAAAGUAAGAUUUUACUAUAUAUAGGGGACAUGUUGGACUAGAUGGUGGUUUUAACACUAUAGACUCAGGAAACCCUGUUUUUGUACCUGACCCUAUAAUGUUCCUUUAAUCCCAAAAGAUAUUACCCAAAUGACAAAAAUAUAACUUCUUGCAUCAGUAACUGAAUAUUUUAACUAGUAUGACAUUAACCAUGAACUGUCCCUUCUCUGGAGUUUACAUGCUUGAAUAAAACAUUCAAAAUUACCUAUAACUCGAGUUUACCAUUCUUAAUAAAUUACUCUAACCUCCAUGAGUACAUCUGCUUUUAGAAGUGGUCAUGGACAACGAAGUCUGUGUGUGCAGCAUCUAAGCUUGAAACGCUGCACAUACAGAGAUAUCUGCAAUGAUUAUAGAAUAAAAAGGGUUGGAGCAAUCCUUUUAAUGAAAUGCUCUGUUUAAUUUGAAAUGUAUAUUAUAUUAUAAAUUUAGCAAUUGACAUCAAAGUCCAGCCAGGACAAACAUUGCAAAUGAAGAGGAUAAAAAAAAACCAUUGUUUAAUUUCUUGUUCUCUCUUAUUGCCAGGUGUAAAGGACAGUUUAUAGCACAUUUGAUUUUCUUUUUCAAACCUCAGAAAAAAAAGUAUGGGUUAAAGGGACACUCCAGGCACCCAGACCACUUCUGCCCAUUGGAGUGGUCUGGGUGCCAACUCCCACUACCCUUAACCCUGCAACUGUAAUUAUUGCAGUUUUUAUUAACUGCAAUAAUUACCUUGCUGGGUUCUUCAAUAAUUACCUUGCAGGGUUAACUCCUCCUCUAGUGGCUGUCUACUAGAACGCCACUAGAGGGCACUUCUGGGAUUAUAGCACAGAUUUUCAAUGCUUUCCUAUGGGGAGGUCUAAUGCGCGUGCAGCGGGCGGGAUCAGUCUUCCCGGCCGGCCAGCUGACGUGGUGAUGGGGAGGAGGUGGGUGGACCAAGAAGCAGCGGUAAGUCACUGAAGGGGUUUUUGGGCUGAAAAUCAUUGGAGCAUCUCCAUUCUUGUAUGGAACUGCCACCAAUUUAUAGAUUAGUGAUAGAAGCAGAGAUAGCACUCCAUAUAGGGAAAUCAUUUUACAUUUUAUAAAACCAAAAUCCCUAAAUGGGCUAAAAUAUACAAAGGCAUUUAUUGGUUUUGGUGGUCAUGCCGCACUAUAGUCUGCAUAAGUAGAAACAGACCUCCUCGGUCAGAUGAUAGUGGAGUUUAGAUUUCCUGCAUUCCUAUUGAGCUUGCUUGCAGAUGACCUGUUUGAUGCCAUUUAGUUUUCAAGAUGGCUCAUUUGAGACUUACACUUCUUUUUCUGCUGCUAAUUUUUAACUUGCCUAUUUCUCUCUUUAUUUGUGUUUUAGGAUGAUGUGGGCUGCAGGAGCAGUUGCUGCAAUGUCUAGCAUCACCUUUCCUGCAGUAAGUGCUUUAGUUUCCCGAACGGCAGAUCCAGAUCAGCAAGGUAUGAUAUGCUGCAAAAUGUUUACUUUUUUAAUGUGGUAUUAAUAUUUUAAGCUAGCUUUAUUAUUUUAGAAAUUACUAAUUGUUAUAAAACAACGUGAAAUCAUUCAAAAUAGAGGUGUUUAUAGGAUCACUCCGAGCACCAUAACCAUUUCAUUGCAAUCAAGUUGUUAUAGUGCAAUGAAGUCCCAGGUGUCGAACAUAUUAACCCCUUAAGGACACAACUUCUGGAAUAAAAGGGAAUCAUGACGGAAUAUUUCCGUCAUGUGUCAUUAAGGGGUUAAGGCAUUAACGAACAGUUUAACUACAGAGUCUGCAAGAUGCCAUCUGGCCGCCCUUCCACUUCCUAAGCAGGUCCAAGGUUUCAAUCUUGAACCAGACAUUGUUUAUACGCUUAGAAUGUUAGCUGAAGCAGCACUUAAUUCAGAGUACUGAGUGAAAAGGGCACUUAAUCCCUCAUUCAGUAUUGGUGCUCAAGAUAUACAAUUUCCUAGCAUUUAGCUGUCCUAAAUUAUAUAUGUAUUUUUUGGGUUUUUUUUCCUCAUACCAUUCUUCUCACGUGCAACAUUAAUGUUUAUUAAUUGGAAAUCCUCAAAUAAAUAUAUCCUUUUUUUUUUUCUUUUUUUUUUUUUAGGAUUUCCAAUUGUAUCCUGAAUUUCAUCACAUUGAUAUUGCAUGUUACAAGAAUAGUAUGGGGCAGGGGGAGAAAUAUAUAUAUAAAAUAUAUAUAUAUAUAUAUAUAUAUAUAUAUAUAUAUAUAUAUAUAUAUAUAUAUAUAUAUAUAUAUAUAUACCCAUACAAAAUUAAAGAUUAUUGCCCUAGUGCAAUCUCAUGUUGAGAAUAUAUAAAACUGAAAAAAGAGAUGCGCUCUGCGGUCUUAAAUAAGUGAAAUGGUAUUUAAUCCAUAAAAAGGCUUACAUGUGUCUGAUCGACAUUUCGAUCCAAUAUCCAUAUAUAAAUAUGAUCUAACUGAUAAACGAUAACCAGGAUUUAUUUUAAAUCAUAUGGCACCAUAGACUAGUGAAGCAAAGGUAAUCACAAUUAAGGCAAAUAAGACUAGACCUCGGUUAGGUAAAUGUGUGUUCCCAUUCAUCUGUUUUAGGUGUUGUGCAAGGAAUGAUUACAGGAAUCCGCGGCUUGUGUAAUGGACUUGGUCCUGCCCUGUAUGGAUUUAUAUUUUACAUCUUUCAUGUGGAAUUGGAUGAUAUACCGAUCACGCAAACAGAACCAAGAGAGAAGAUAUCACAUUCACAGCAGGUAAUCGUAAAUAGUUUAGUGAAUGGGUAGCCUAAAAGCAGUUCUGCAUUAUUAGCCAUGACAUGAGAUUGCAUUUUAAUACAUAAUUAAGUGUUCUUGCAUAGCAAGACCACUUAUUGUUAUCUCACAUAUAUUUAUUAUUAUUAUUAUUAUAGCAAAAUUUGCCACCCUAACUCCUCCCACAAUUUCUACACUACAUAGACAAAAAUUUACCAAAUCGUGCAGAUUGUUCCCAAUCGGAUUGCUAUUACUUUGUGGAACGUUUCGCCGAAUGGUUCACGGAAUAUCGUCGUUCUUGCAGCGAAAUUUGUCCCAUAGGAAUGAAUGGCAAAGCUAGAGUGGGAGCUGGCAAAAGCUGAAAAAUCAGGACAUGAUUUCUAAACUGCCACCACUCCCUUAUUUUCAGGCCUACCUACACAAAUCUUAUAUCAAAACGUUCAGCUAUCCCUGCUGUCAGUAAACAUGUCAACGGCUAAGCCAUAGUCCUGAUAGUUUUCACAAUAUAAUCAUUUGUUUGCAACUAACGCCGUCCAUUGACUUUCAUUGAAACUUCACUCUGCAAAGUUCAAAUUUGAAGUGCAAUUUCUAAACUGCGACUGUGCCUUCAAUUUUAAUACUUCAGAGACAUACUAUGCAUCAAAAUGUCUGGGUCUUGUGAUUCUCACAAUAUAAAGCUCUUCACUGUAGGAGUUAUGGUUUUUAAGAUACGACCGUUUGAAGAUGGCAACCACCAAAAUACUCUGACCUGUGUCAAGCUGCAGCAGCAAGUGAUGUCAUAGACAGGGCCUUUUGAACACCUGCUAAUGUUUUAUAAAUGUAUGGUUUAAUGUAACUGUGCAACAACGUUGCAAUUAAAUGUGCUAUAUAAAUGAUAACAGUUACUCCGCCCACUCCAGUUGUAGACUACUGGUGGAGGAAAGAACACUUCACACAAUUUCCCCAGAAAUUGUAGCUUUUCUAGUUUUAUUGUAAAAUCCAAAUUGAAAGGGACUUCCCUACUCCAUAUCAACUUCCUCUCUAUAAAGUUUGGAGUCAGGGGGACAUCUUCCUCAAGGUAAGACUGCACAUAGUGACUAUAACCCGCAUAAUUUUAUUGAGCCAAGGGUGUUACUUCAAUCAUAUAUAUAUAUAUUUUUGCCGUUCUACAAAUACUUGUUUCCUUACUUGCUUGUUGGGUUUAAUUAAUAGCUCUUUUUGAUAUAUUAUUCCUGAUAGAAAUGGGUUUGAAAGGCUGGAUCUAAAAAAAGUAUUGCACAGUUUUCAUUUAUAGCGUAAUUACUUUGGGGAUUAAGGCCAGGUACAAUUCCAACUGAUUUUUUUUUUUUUUUUUUUUCAACUGUCUUUCUCUGCAGAAUUCUAUUAUCCCUGGGCCUCCCUUUCUGUUUGGUGCAUGCUCUGUGUUGCUGGCUCUGCUUGUAGCAUUAUUUAUUCCAGAACACACCAAUCUGAAUGCCCGAAGCAACAACUGGAAGAAGCAUCAUGGUACCGGACACCCACACAGUCCUCCAGCUCCUGGGGAGGGAAAAGAGCCUCUUCUACAGGACACAAAUGUAUGACAGUGUUUGAGAGACUCUUUAAGUGACCUCUUCUGUAUAUGGUCUCAUUCCUUUUGACCUGCAGGACCAACUGGCCGCCCUUUAGUCAGCAGGGACAGCUACCAGUCUUCUGGCAGGGCAAGCAUCGAGCCUUCAGUGGCAAAACUAACUGAUGCCACCAACUGGGCAUGUCUAUCACUGCCUUCUUUAUAGACAAGACAGCUCUAAGGCUGUUUUUUUUUUUUUUUUUUUUUUGGCCAACAGCAUAUUCAGUCUGAUUGUGUUUUAAGACAAUCAGAGUAUGUAUGAGCUUUGUUUAACCCCUUGAGUGCUGGCCUCCUGUUAAAAAAUAACUCCACAUUACAGGGUUGUGUUUGACACAGAUGUUUAAACAAGCCUUUAGGGCGUUUAACACAUACUUGUUUGACCCAGGUUUGCUGCCUGUCAUAUAUAAGCAAAUGUGUUUAAGUUUGGGAGAUUUGGGGGGUGGUUUGUUUUUUGUUUUUAUUUAUAUUUUGCUCUUUUAAAGAAAGCCAAAGUAUUAGUUGUUUUUUCGUUUUUGUUUUUACUUUGCCAUAUGCCAAUGGCUUGGCUCUUAACAUCCAACUAAGCGUUUUUCUCUUCUGCAAGUAUAGAUUGUUAGAAAAGCUUGUUUACAUGUUUACAAAACCUAUUUAUACACGCCACUUAAUAGUUCUGAUUCUUGGUAUUCUAUGGAAGAGAAAAAGUGGAGAUCCCUCUUUCUGAUCUCUCCCUAGGAACAUUUUUAAUCUGGUGCUGAAACUCGAAACUGUUUUUAUCUCCAACUGACAAAUAUGGGAUGAAAUAAUUGAAGCCUUUGUUUUAAAUGAACAUAUAUUGUUUUGAAUGAACAAUAUCCAAAGGGCAAAUCUUCUUUAGUCUUUUGUUUAUACGCAUUCCAGGUUUAGCAGUUAAUCAUUCUUCUUGGUGUAUAUAGAUUUAAUUUCAAAUACUGUAAUACUCCAUGGGCUACCCACAACAUUUUCUUCUGUUUGUAAUGUUUGUUCAGGGCAAGAAUAGAUUGUCAAACCAGUAUAAUACACCCCCCUCUCCCUUAAAAAUGUAUUGCAUAAUUGGCAUGCAUGGGGAUUUUAGAAAUGUUGUUCAUAGAAAGCUUAUUAAAGGAACACUAUUUCUUUAGGACAUAUGCUUUCAAUUCUGUUGGUGACUUUUCUUUGACUUUGUCAUCCUCUGCACUGUGCAUUCAUAAUCUCUUUGGACUCUUGUGACAAUUGGCCCAUUAAAGGGAAACUCCAGUGCCAGGAAAACAAUCCGUUUUCCUGGCACUGCAGACCCCUCACCCUCCCACCCCCCAAUCCCCGGUUGCUGAAGGGAUGAAAACCCCUUCAGUAACUUACCAAAGGCAGCGCCGAUGUCCCACAUCGCUGCUUCUUCCUCCGCGCCGCUCCUCCCUCUGAUUGCGUCGGCCGGUGGGCGAGACUGAUCCCAACCACCGGCCGGGGAGACCUAAUGCGCAGCAAUGACGCGCAUUAGUGCUCCCCAUAGGAAAGCAUUGAAAAUGCAUUUCAGUGCUUUCCUAUGGGGAAAUGAGCGACGCUGGAGGUCCUCACACAAUGUGAGGACGUCCAGCAACGCUCUAGCAUAGGUUUUCUGUGCUGUGGACAAGGAAGUGCCCUCUAGUGGCUGUCUACUAGACAGCCACUAGAGGUGGAGUUAACCCUGCAAUGUAAUUAUUGCAGUUUAUAAAAAAAACUGCAAUAAUUACAGUUGCAGGGUUAAGAGUAGUGGGAGUUGGCACCCAGACCAAUGGACAGAAGUGGUCUGGGUGCCUUGAGUGUCCCUUUUAAGCAAAAGAAUUGCCUUCCAAGCACCAGAGUCUGAAAUCCUGGAUUUUCCAAUGGAAGAGUUUGCCUCAAGUUUUAUGAUUCGGAGUCUUUUAAGAGACAAAACGGAUCUGUCAUCAUCUGAGAUAUUUACAUAUUUUGCAAAAACCCCAGAUGGUGACUGCUGCGCUUGGUGUCUGGUGGCUGCAGAAUGCAGGGGUAGGUGAGUUUUACUUAUCUGAACGUGACUUUGCAGCCACUACCAUAUUCUUCCUGCUAUGCAGGAGAGUACAACUAUCUAUGGAGAAUCCCACAAGACCGCAGGAUCCUCCACAGACAAUGCCUUUUUCCCUGUCCAUAGUGACAGCAAGGGGAAAAGCAACACUUGACGGUACCCUCUGCUUUUUGCCAAGUUUUGUCUGGCAUGUGGAAUAUACGAAGCUAAAGUAGUCCCUACUUUCUAAGUAUAUAUUUUGACUGUAACACAGUCAAUGUGAGUGUUUCAUAAAGAUUUUAUUUUUAUGAAAUUCUCAUUUUUUUAGGGAGGGUUGGGAUUUACAGAGACCCUUUAAAUUAGCUGGAUAAAUUAUGUCUUAAAGAUGGUUUACCUAUACAUCUUAAGACUGAUUUUGUAUUAUACAUACAAUCAUCAGGCCGACCCUAUUGCAGUUAGUCACCCUCAUAGUAUAUAUCACUAUCUGUUAAAUGCUUGAUCUCCAAAACUUGAAUACACAGCCCACAAAGUUAAACUGAUUGCUUUGUGGCUGCCCAUACAUUUACAGGUGGCCUUUUUCAGUACAUUCUUAUUUCAUACUCCUGAGGGCCAGGUAGACCAGCAAUUUUGUUGUCACACUUGUCCCUCUGGAGAGUUUAAAAAGCAGAUAUUUUAGUCCUAGAUUUUGAAGAUUAAACAUUAAAAUUACAAAAAAAAGCUUUAUAAUAACCGAUGUGAAUUUAUCUUCUAAAAGAUAUAUAUAUAUUUGUGUAUAUUUUUGCUUGGUUAUUUAAUGUGUUUCUUUGUAUAAAGUGUUGUAUAAUUUAACAAGAUCACAUGUUCUGUUUUGUUUUUUUUUGUUUGUUUUUUUGUUUUUCCCCUUCCUCUUUAUUCUUGGUACUUUGAACAUUUCCCAUUGGCUUAGAUCUGGAUGAUGUAAAUUUAUGAAUAAA